CUUUAAUUUUUUUUAGGGCCCCCAGGAGAGUGGGGCCCUAAGCUAUAGCUUGUUUAGCUUACACGUAAAUCCGGCACUGCCCCCCUACCCCAAUAAAAUAUUUGAGGGGGUCGCCCCCCAAAGAAAUUGAAUGGUGCAAGUGCGCCGCGUCCUGCGAUUGAUUAUGGAGAAGGGGCUUUAUGUGCCCCCCCCCAUAUUUUAUUCAAGUUGUCUCCUUUGCCUCCAAAUAUGUGUGUGCCGGACGGAAGCUUAUGCAGGUCGUAGAAAAGCUUCCCCUAAUGAAACACAGAGCUUAAAAGCGCCACUUCCUCGCGCUCUGCACCUCCCGCCCGCUUGACAAGCCGUAGCUGCACCGGCGCCCUCCUCUCCCGGCAGUGGAGGAGCGUUCUCCUGAGCAUGCGUGUGCGAUCUCCCGCGCAUGCUCAGUGUCGCCCAGGUCCAAAUUCGCCUCGGUUUCCAGCGCUGGGCGUCGGGUCAAGUCUUUUGGGCGAAUCCCCCCCUCCGCCGCUCCUCCCCCCCCCCGCAGCUGGUUUCCGGUGGGGCCGCGGCGGGGCUCGGCUUGGAGAUUGGCAGGUCUCCUAAGAUGGCGGACGCAGGCGACGGAGCCGGAGGGAUGGCUGGAGCGGGAGGCGCUGCCCCCGCUGCGAAACCCUCGGAGUUGGCCAGGGUGAGAUGCCGCCGCCGCCGCCGCCGCGUGGGCUUGGCAGCCCUGUGGGCUGGGCGCUGGGAGCCUCCCCGUCAGCUUGUGCCGUAGGAAGGGGGGAGUCUGUUCCUCGCGGGUAACAACGCCCCACGUCGCUCGCAUUCACGGGGCUGCCGGCUGCUUCCUUGCAUUUCUGGAAGGGGCUCUUCUCCAGAAGUGCUGGGGGUCUGGCUCCUGCUAAUCCCCAAUUGCCCGCUGCUCUGCAAACGGUUAAUCUCUGCCCCUCUGUCAGGUGUUGGAAGUGGACACCUGCACGGUGUGCCACACAGCAUGCAUGCUCCCGUUUAAAUGACCGGCAAGAAUUAGGACCUUUGCUUCGCGAUCCUUAUGGUGUCUAAAACAGGCGACUUGCUAUGAGCCGCAGCUGUUGUCUUAAAUGUGAGCGUCCCCUCCUCUCUCCCGGUCUUGAGAUCUUCUCUUGAGCCGCGAACAGGCAGGGCACUACCAGUUAAAAUGAGGGUUUUAAUCUAGGGCAGUGGUUGUGAUCAGGCAGAAGAUUUUGUUAUUGUAAAGUUGGGAGAGAGGAAAGGAAGAGGGCUGAGUCCAAAGAUCUUACCUUCUUCCUCCUAAUUCUGGUUGGGCUUAGUGGAUUGUUUUUUUCUUUUUCUUUUUAGGCCACAAUGACACCAAGAAAAGAUUAAGCCACAUCAAACUCACGGGGUCUGAUAUGACAUAGUUCUUUUAAAUAUGUUUAUGAUAGUGUGUGUUUAUUUACAAAUGGCUCCCGUGCGGUGACCAGCAAUGCCAUUCCCCCCCUCCACCAGUUCUCUAGAUAACGUUUUAGUAAAGUACCUAACCCUUUCCAGAUAUAUUAAUUUAAUCUCAUAAACACUUUCAAGGUGUAAGAAACAAAUGUAAGAAACAAAUGUAAUGCUCAGACUGUUCUUUUUUUUUAGUUAAUUUUGGUUUUAUUCUGUCUACUGUCAUUCUAAAAGUGCAUCAGUUUAAUACAUAUUGAUACUGAUGCUAUUGACACGUAAACAGGCAAAAUACAUAGACAACCCAAGGACUUGCAGCUUAACAGUAUGAAAUAACAGUUCAAGGAAAUAGUGGGUUUUCAGGAAGUGCAUAUGCUGUUCUGAGUAAAAGGAACAGCGUAGCCAGAAUUUAUAUGUCGUGUUCCUAGGCAAGACAUUCUUGGAAAUAGUGUGAAACAAAUUUGACAGUAUUUUUCAUUAAAUGAUUUCUUCACGGAAAGGAGUUAAUGUGUAAAAGCCAGAAAUUGAAAAAGAAAGUGGACUGGUAAUAACCAAAUGUGCAGAAUGAUAGGCAGACCUAAAUGUGCAGAAAGAGAAGUGAAAUGAUAGCAUGAGGAAACUGGAAAAUGUAAAAUGGGAGGACUGGAGGCCUGAAGUGAAAAGGAAUAGAGAAAUGAGCAGAAGGUACCUAAAAUGGAUCAUUAUUAUUUGAGUUAGUGCAUAUACUACUUGUUUAGCAUUGACUUUUCAUAUUCAAAAUUGGUUUCAGUUUCUAUUUAAACAAAACAAACUGCAUUCCAGUUCCAGCCAUUUCUUUCUCUUUUGAGCUGUCUGAACUUCCAGAGCAACUAAACUUAGUGAAUACCAUGUCAAAAUGUUUUCCUCUUUAUCAACAGGAAAUGUGGCAGUAUCAUAACCUAAUUUAUUGGCAUAAAGGGAGAUGGGUUGCAGGCAGCCAGGGACAUGUGUUGUCCAACUUACCAUGUCAAAUAAGAAGGGCACACACACAUAUAUUCUGUUUAUUUCUUUAAAGUGCAUGUGAGCGGGAGAUGAUUGGACACGGAUUCAUGUAUUUUUGAAGGGAACUAUAACUUUAUCAACUAUCAUAUGUAUCAGAUAUGGGAAAGGAAAACAUCAAUAGAAAGGCACUCAAAGUGGUCUGGGGUGAUAUUAAUUAUUUGAAUCUAUUCCAGUCUGGGUUGAGGCUUGUGUUUAGAAUAGAAACGGCCUUGGUUGCCUUGGCAGAUGUCUUAUGCUGGAGAAUGGAUAUGGGAAGUGCAAGCUGAUUGGUUCUCUUGUUGCCUUGAGCUCGGGCAGCUCCGAGUUAGAGUAGCUCUACUCCUCCUGGAGGACUCAUCCUGGCAGAUGAUGCUGGAGACUUCUAUACCUAUGGCUCAGAAUGUGCCUCAAAGUUUUCUCAUGUGCCCUGUGUUAUUUACAUCCGUACAAAAUUUUGUUUGUAUGCCACCUUUCCGUAGUUCAAACCACGCUCAAGGCAUGAGAUUGCGAAAAGAAUACUGGUUGGGUUGCAGUGUCAUCAGUACACAGAAGGCAUGCAUGUCUAAUCCAUGCUUCCCUCUAUCCUGAUGAGGCUAUGGACUUAUUGAACUGGUAUUUGAAGAAAGUUUUAGGGUGCAUGAGAAGAACAAGCUGAAGCUUAAUUCAGACAAGAUGUGGGCUGCUCUGGAUAAGGAAAUGAAUUGAUCCAGAUGGGGGUAUGCAACCAGCUCUGAACUAUCCCUGAAGGACAAAAUUCACAACUAGGGACUUACUUCUUAUUUAAAUAAUUCUAAAUAAUUAUAAUUCACAACAGCUGCCCAUAAAUAAACAUUCCCUAGGGGGCUUACAACAAAGUAUCAAAAACAGAAUAUACAAUAAUAAUUAAAACCCAACAAGGUAUAAUUAUUGUUCCAUUUAGAGACGGCAUAAAGCAGUUUACAGUCCAGAUUUAAAACAGUUUUAAAACCUGGGUGAAUUAAAAGGUCUUCAUCUGGUGCUGAAAAAACCACAAAGAAGUUUCCAGAUAAGCUUGUCUAGAAAGGGUUCUCCUGGACUUGAUAUUGUAGAUGGAACCACAUGUUGCAGUGAUGGUGACAGUGGCUAGGAGUUCAGAUUGCCAGUUUAGGCUUGUGUGCAACCAUAUCUAGAGAGGAGGGACACAGUCCUGGCUUCUCAUGUGGUAGAUCAUACUUCUCUAACUAUAAUACUGUAAUUCACUCGGGGGGGGGGGGGCUGCCUCUAAAAUCCAGAAACCUUUGUAGUAUUAUUGGUAUGAAUUUGAUGCUAAAGUGGUAUUAAGUAUUUUAGCUGGUUUUGAUAGUUUUAUGCUUCUCUGGUAUUGCUAUUUAUAUUCCUACAGUUAUUUUAUUGUUGUUGGAUUUUAUCUUUUUGCUAUGUGUAUUGUGGUUUUGGUUUUUAUGGAAGCUACUUUGUGAGAGGACUUAAAAAAAAGAAAGAAAUCUGUUUUAUUGGUUUUCCAUAGUGGAACAGUAAACAGAAAUAAAACAAAACUUGGAGUACAGUUUGCCAAUAUGUCAGUUUCAGUUGGUAAAAUUAAGGUACAUAUGAUUAUAUUUUAAGGUUAAAUUAAGCUUCUCCAUAACAAUACACGUGCUACAGGCGGUUGUAGUAGCAGUACUGCCUUGCUAAUGUAAUCUGUAAACAAUGACCAUGUACUGAAGAACUUAUCCUUCUUACAUUGUCCAUUUAUCACAUUGUCCAUUUAUCCCUCUGCCACGCUGAGGCAAGCAUUCAGAAAGUGCUGUUUUCUACACAUGAGUAAACCAGGAAUGUAAAGAUUUCCUCAUGUUUUCCACCUGACAGCUUUUCCAUUCUGACAGCAGCUAUUGGCUAGGAAACCAAAGCCCAAGAAGUAAUCUCAGAAUUGAUGUUGCCCUCUGAUAUCAGUUUAUGAUAAAUUAUAAUAGAAAUUUCAGAAAAGACACUUUGCCAAAAUUAUUGUGCCGGGGCGCAGUCCUACAACAUACAGAUCUGGGAUCCCAAAGCAUCACACACCCUUCAACAUUUUAGGGAUUGAUUAUGGGUGAUUUGAAAAAGUUUGGGUGGGGUCCACUGCCAAUUAAGUAUAGAGGACCUUUGUCCUAGAAGAUGGCCAACCUUCUCUAACUUUAAUUAACUAAUUAAUCCCAUGUGAAGAACAAUUUUGUAAUACACAGUGGCAAGAGAGAUGUUGGAACCACUAAUGACCCUUACAGAGCAUCUUAACCGUGUCUACUUAAUUAAAUGGGAUUUACUCCCAGGUAAGUAGGUUUAGGAUUGCAGCCUUACUAAUAAUCUUGGAACAUGGGUCUGAAGAUGACAGCAGAUUCCGCAGUUUAUAGCAGCUUUGUUUUUUGAUGUGCACAACACUAGGAAUCUAGUGUUGGAAAUAAUAACAAGUUAAAUAUGAAAUUAAAAUGAAAUACUGUAUCUUAAUAAAAUGUUGCCUGUAUUGAUUUUGUUUUGCAUUUCCUCAUGGGAUUUAAAAAGGAUCGUGUAGACUUGCACAAUAUUUAAAUAAAGUGCUAGCCCGUUUAUUGACUUUUUUUGCAUUUCCUCUUGGGAUUUAGCAUGUUAAUAUUGAUUCUGCUGAAGGCACAUGAUAAGAGUAUAGUUAUUUUUAAAAUACAGAAGUUAAUAAACAAGAUACUUAUUGUCUUUACUGAUGCAAAACUUGAGUAAAAUUGAAGGGGUUCAGAGAAACUACAUUGAAAUUAGACUUUUUCAAUGUUUCUACUUUGCAUUUCCACAUAAUUCAAUAUCAGAAGCUUUUGUAAGAAGCAGAGAACAUGUAUCUAAAUGAAGAGGGGAGGACUUUGCCCUGUCUUUGCUAGUGAGCUUUUCAGUGAGCUUUUAAAAUGAAAAAUAUUACAAGGUGUAUCUCACGUAAUUUAUUUUCUUGCUGAUUUUAGAAUUGUGUCCUCUUCCCUUUUUCAAGUACUGAUUGUACUGUGCAGUGUGCCAGAUAAUUCAGUGAGGAUGGCAGGGUGUUAAUCAGAGAUGGCUUUAUGAGCUAGGAUUGAUUAUAGGCUAUUAUUUAGCUAUUAGGAAAAGGUGCUGCCUUUUCAUUUUGGCCUUUGAUGUUCCACACAUGACUAAUAUGCCUGCAGGUGGCCUAGCAACUUUUGUUGAAUAAUUUUCAAGACUAUUUUAAACCCUAAAAAACCAAGGGCAGACUAUCGAACAGAAUGCGUUUGUCCAAUGAUGAGCCUUUUGUUUGAAAUCUGAUGUGGAGGCCUUGCUCCCAAGUGUUCAGUAUGUUAGCCUGGAAUCAUUUUGAGAUGUGAGGUAGAAUGGUGCAGUGGACUUCGACUGGGAAGAGUCAGGUUUAAAUCUUUGCUCAGCCACAAAGCCAACUGGGUAACUUUGAGAUGGUCAGUCUCCCUCUCAAUCCAGCCUUACAAGGUGGGUAAAAUGGGAAUAGAACCACCAUACGAACAGGAUAAAAAAUUAUCAGCAAGCAGUACUUAAAAUUGUAAUUUGUUGGCUGUUUUAAAUGAUGUAAUUAUUAUUGUUUUACUGCUGUAACAUAGUACUUCAGAUGUUACAGCUUUACAAUUAUGUUAACCUCUUUAUGAAAGAAAAGUUGUAUAGAAUAUAUAAAAACAAAUACAAACACUGUGGAGUUCCACAUGUGAUCUCUGGGCUUGAUGGAAGUUCCGUGGAACAGGAAACAUAUAGCACCUCUCCCUUGGUAGCAGGUCAUGAGAACGUAAGUGUUCUCCUGGAUCACAUCAGGGGUUUAUUUACUCUAGCCUACUCUCAGAUGCCUCAGAUAUACUUAACAACCAAGCAUGAACAAAGUAUUAUUUCCUUAUUGUUUGCCUUCAGCACUUGGUAUUCAGAGUGGCUGAGUGGGGAAUUGAACCAUUGUCUCCCCUGACCCAGUCUGGCACUCUUUCCCAUCCUUGCUAUGGUGAUGUAUAAACCAUUACUUUAUCUGUCUUUUAACAACUGAUAUAUUGGGAUCAGCCGUAUUCUUUUGACUGUGUUGUAACCAGCUCUGGCACCUUCUGGUGAAGAGUGGGUGAGAAAUCAUCAUCAUCAUUAUUGUCAUCAUCAUAAUCAGAAACUAUUCCUUGGUGCCUUUGGGGGAAAUGUUGGUUGAAUGGCAUAUGAGAGUAUGUUUGUAAAUCACGUAUACAUGCUGGCAUCUAAUUUUAUGACUUUUUGUAGCUAGAGUGAUGCUCAACCUGGCUUAAGCUAACAUUGCUGCAAUGGUAGAGCAUGAGACUCUUAAUCUCAGGGUUGUGGGUUUUGUUGGGAAACAGGGGGUUGGACUAGAUGACCCUCAUGGUCUCUUCCAACUCUGCAAUUCUAUGAUUUACAAGUGGAGCAUUUUCCCACUUAUUAUAUUGCAUGCCAGUUGUAAUCCUGUUAUGAACAGUUAUAGCCCGCUAUUAGGAAAGUGUGGUUAUGCUGAUGAAGUUGAUUGUAAUGGGAGAAAUGCUUCUAGAGUAUUGUAUCAUGUGAGUCAUCCCUCUUGUAGCUUCUCCGGAUGCUUCAUAGCUAUAAAGAUCUGAGGGUGGGGGAAGAAAAGGAGGAGCUGAGGACAGCUAACUCAUGCCUGUAGCUCCUGAAUGCUUUUGGAAAUGGCAGCUUCAGAGUUUUUGUCCAGGACUGAAAGAUGGAAACAUAUAUCGCCAGUUCUUAAGCAUCUUCAUUGAUUACCGGCCUCUUUCCAAGUACAAUUCAAAGCAGUUACUUUUCUCUUUAAAGUCCUGUACAGCUUAACUUGAGAUCAUGAUACAUGAAAGAAUGCCUGUUCAUGUGCUCCGAUUAUCCAGGCCCCUCCGCCAAUGUCUAAGUAUACUUUUGUGUUUCUUGCAGUGGUGGGACGAGAAGCUUGACUUCCAUACUGCCUUUCUUCAGCAUCUGGCAAAAGUUGUUCCGGACAUUUAUUUUGAUGAAAUGGAUCCCUUGCCAGAGAAGGAGGAGGAAAUAGCUCAGAUGACCAUACUUUACCCUCUGGAGUGGUAUCUGUUCGGUGAAGAUCCAGAUAUCUGUCUAGAGAAGCUACGGCAGAGUGGCACUCCUCAGCUCUGUGGAAAGGUGUUCAAAGGUGGAGAGACAACAUAUUCAUGCAGGUGAAUAAUUACACUCUUGCUCUUCAGUAUUUCCUACUGUAAUGUGACACAGCAACAUGCAGAUUGCAAAAUAGAUUUGGUGCAUCACGUAUUUCUAAUACGUUUGCACUUUCUGUGGAUACUAGUACAAGGUAAUAGUCAUAUAAGGGCAAGCGAUAACAGGGAUAGGGGAAGAGGGGAGUCUUGCAACUUAAAAUAAAAUGGAAAACAAUGGUAAAAGCAGAUAAACUUCCAUUUAAAAGACAUGGGCACAGCAGCUGGGCCUGGGACAUGGGGAGUUGAGAAAACCCCUGUUACUUACAUCUAGUCCUCCAGCUCCCAGUGAGGUGUAGAGCUGCAGCUGUCUGUUGCUGUUGUAAUGCAUUUGUAGGUGGGGCUUCCCUGGAAGACAACCUGGAAACUUCAGGUAGCGCAGAAUGUGGCUGCCAGACUUUUAACUAGUGUAACUAGGCUGAAUCACAUUAUAUUUAUUUUGCAAAAACUGCAUUGAUUACCUACUUGCUUCUAAGCCCUAUGCAGGAUACUGCCAUUUAACUUUAAGGCCGAAGGUUCAAAUACCUGAAGGAGUGCCUCUCUUUAUAUCAACCUACUGGAGUCUCAAGAUCUGUUUCCUGCUUGGUAGGGGGUUGGACUCGAUGGCCCUUGUGGUCUAUUCCAACUCUGAUUCUCUGAUCUUCAGUUAAGGCUUUUCUCUGUGUACUCUUGCUAGGGGAAGUACAUUAUAUAACAAAAAGGGAGAGAGCCUACUCUGUGCUGCCCUGAGUUUGAAGUACUCUCCCUGUAGAGGCAUGGCUAGCACUGACUUCACGAUUUUUAGGCACUAGGUCAAACCUUUAUGCAUGUUAAGUUGCAGUUUGUGUAGUUCAUGUUGGUUAGUCUGCUAUGUUGUUUUAACUGCUUCUAAAUAGUUUAUAUACCACCUGGUAUCUGUGAGCAUGAAGGGUCUAAAUAUUUUUAAAAUAAUAAAUAUUUUUACAAUAACUUGACUGCUGUUAUAACAUGGUGACUCAGUUUUGAUAGAGAACUGAACCGUAGUUCAGGUGCAUGGAGACAAGUCUUGGUGAGCCUUGGGGCUGCAACAUUUCCGCUUCUUCAUGAACAAGAGAGUGAAAGCUUUUGCCUUUACUUCUGAACAAACUGCAGUUCCAUGUUAAAUAGUUGCACCUAAUAUUUAAGCCAAAAUAUUAAUAUUGAAUUUGUAAUGUUCAUACUUUGACUGAAAAUGAAUAGAGUGUCUAAAACUUUGCUACCAACGUUGCUGGAAUAUGGGAGGUUUGUGGUGUUUUGGAGUGGAUGGUUAUACAGUGGUUUCUUACUUUCGUUGCAGAGACUGUGCAAUUGAUCCAACUUGUGUACUCUGCAUGGAUUGUUUCCAGAACAGCAUUCACAAAAACCACCGUUACAAGGUAAUAAAAUGUAUGCUUCACAAUAAUUUGCUAGAGCAUUUUCUUUUCUUUUGUAAACUUGCUUUUAUUAUUUUAUUAAAUAUAUAAUAAGCAAGACUAAGAGAUUAUUUCAAGAAUUCAAUGAAAGGUAAAGAGACAUAAAAUAGAAAGAAUAAUAUUUUUAAAAAACUUGUACAAAAGAAGCAGUGUGACAGUAUUCCAAGAUAAGAUGUAAACAGCGAAUCAAAAACUCAUCUAAUCAAAAACAGCACCAGAUGAAAUCAAACCUAGAUGGAAUUUCUCAUUUGUGUGACUGUGUUGUUAAACAAGCUACAAAAAACCACCAGACAGUUGUGAAGUCCAGUGGGUCCACUUCCCCUCUGAGAACCUGGGGUUGGUGGGUCAAUUUCUCUGUUGUGGCUAUAAGUAAAGCUUUUUAUAACCAGUUUGUAAUAGAGUACAUAGAAGGGUCUUUCCAGCCUUGAGUCGCGACUAAAGGGGCAGCUGUUAGCAAAUGAGUUAUCAGUAUCUUGCUAUGUAAAUUGGAAUUAUCUCUCACAAAUGUGGAAAGUAAGCACAACCUGGAUAGACCUAUAGAUCUUUGGUCUGGUGAUGGUGCUGAGUUCAAAAACCACUGAGCCUUUCACAUUGCAACUCCACCAACAAAAUGGGAAGUACCCUUUUAGCACAUGGCUUAAACGUACUGAGGUAAAAACCAUUUCUGUAUUUAAUGAAUUUUCCCUACCAGAGCUGAAACUGAAAUGAAAGGUUUAGAGGACCACAUUAUAGACUAUUGUGAGAGAUCGAUUUCUAAGGCUACAUCAGCCUCCCCAUGCUAAUCAAAGGUUUUCAAAGGGAGAAAAUUGAAAGUCUAGAAGCCAGAGCAUAAAGUGUUGAAACAAGUCCCUUCUGAGAACCCUUGGAUACCCUGAGAUUCAAAUCUCUUCAAAGAUCUGCCUCCAGUCUGUAAUUCCUCAUCUUUAAUAAAAUGAGAGAUAUGUUUGAUGCUCAACGAAUCUAUUUUUUGCUCUCGCAACUUGUUGCACAAGGCUAGUUUGUCUACUUCCUUAUAUUGAGGAAGAAAAGGCGAGGGAGUCAGUGAAGAUGGAGAGGAAACCAACUUCCCUCUCCAUCUACACCAGACACUCAGCAUACAACUAGUUUCCCAGGUUUCGCCAUAACAGCCAUAAUCUUGGUUGGCAAGGGAGAGCAGCCAGCCAGGAAGUUGACGCCGGGCUCUCGAUGGCAAUCCAGCAUUUAACGUCAUCAGUGGUUAACUGUGGGAUCAUCUGGCAUAACUGCAUCACAUCAAAAUAAGUUUGUAGGUUGGGGUAGCCCCAUCCUCCUGCUCUUGACUUGGCAAAUGAGAGAUGUAGCAAGUUUUGCUUUACGGGCCUGCAAGAUGAACAUGUUGAGAGCUGAUUGCCAGCCUUUAAUAGUUUUACUUGGAAUUAAAAUAAGGAGCACUUGGAAAAUGAACAGGAGCCUGGGCACAGCAACCAUUUUAACUUUGGCUGCCCUGGGUCAAGAGGUUUAAAUUCCUCCAGGCUCCAAGGUAUUGUUUAAUCUGUUUAAGCAUCGGUAAAAAAUAAAUUUAAGCAAAUCAUCCAAAUAAUCCCUUGUGCUUUCUAAUAAGGGUUAUACAUAGUGAAAUAAGGUUAUGCAAAGACGACUCGAAUUCAUAGGUUUGUUUUCAGGCUCUGAAUAUGUUUUUAGUUACUAGUUUAUGACUUGGGGAGGACUAGUUUAAUUGCUUUCCUAAAUUCCAGACUUCUAAUAAACUUUGACUAGGUGUCUUAGCAGUUGAAUUCUUAACAUAUAGACUGAGAUCUAAAGAACACUGCAACUUUUUCCACUAUUGAGAAGGGGUUGGGGGCUUGUUUUUCUUGAACAGCAGGUUCCAUGUCACAUACCCAAACCAUUUUUGUAAUUGAAGACUUACCAAAUCAAUUUGUGAGAUUGCGUGGGGAUUUGUUGAAAGAAAAAAGUAAAGUGAUAUACCCAAGCCCUUCUACACACCUGCAGUAGCUUUGUAGAUCACAGCGGUUGUUGUGGACAUUGCUCGGACUGCAUUGAAGGUUUGCCUAGCUGGUGACAUCUCGGCCUAUGUCUACCACUGCCUCUCAAUUCACCUAACCUCUGAACAAAAGGAAUUUGGUGAGGAAAGCUAAAAUGGAGGGAAUGGUGGAAGGAGUCAGAUGGGGCAAAGUUUCAGUGCUUGGAACAUGGCAUGUCCAACACAUAGUCAGAAGAGCACCUGGGAAAAUGGGAUGCUGAGUUAUGAUUUUGGCUUCUUUCGAAUAAACCAUAAACUAAAGUUUCCUUAUGUUUCUAAAACACCAGUGAAAACUUACGAUCUCUUUGUGGCCCUGCCAGAGGAGGAGGUAGGGCACCCAAGUUUGAGGCUCGCUAUUGCUCAUACACAUGAUGCUAAUACAUAGUUGAGCAUAGCGUUCUAAAAGGGCUUUGGGUGUAAAUUUUUAUUUUUAUUUAUUUAUUUAAUAUUUAUUUGUUUGUUUGACGGUGUAACAAAACCAACACCCAGAACCUCAAAGAGGUUUACAAAAAGGAUAAAACAAUACAGUCAUUUGUAAAAACAGCUAUUUAAAACAUUCAGAUAAUAAAUGAAAUCAGUGAUAAGCGAAAGACUGAUGAAAAUACAUGGAAACAUUCUACGUAUCUGAGUAGAUUUGCCUGUUUUUAGCAGGUUUGAAAAGAGUACAAUGAAGAGGCCUGCCUUACAUCUGUAGGCAGGGAAUUCCAAAUUGUUGGAAUGCCACAGAGACAUUUCUUACAAAUGUGGAACGAGUAUUAUGUGGCACCUGUAACGGUGCCAGUUUCACAGAAUGAAGUGGUUGAGUGGGAAUGUAUGGGGGAAGGCGACCCCUCAGGUAAACUGAUUCCAAAUCAUGUAGGGCUUUUUGUACUAAUAGUAACACCUUGUAUCUGAUGGCCUUAAUUGUUUCAGAUGCACACUUCUACUGGAGGAGGUUUUUGUGAUUGUGGAGAUACAGAAGCAUGGAAGACUGGACCGCUGUGUACAAAUCAUGAGCCUGGAGCAGCAGGAAGCACGGAAGAGGUAACACACCUGCCUGUAAUAUAUUGGAAAACAGAUAUUGUAAGACCUCACACUUCAUGAUGUACUUGUUGCUGUUAUGGGAGUGUAUGUUAAGAUGAGAGGCGGUAUAAAAAUAUUUUUUAAUAAAUAAAUAACCACUCACUUAUUUUCAGAGUGCUGCAUUUAUAUAUUUUUAAGCUUUUUAUUAAAUUCCCAUUAUUCAGAUUUUUGUAACAACAGUUGGAGGAAGAGUGUUCCUUAUGUUCAACAGAUUAAUAUUGCACAGGAUUUCUUAAUUCAUAUUAGCGUUUUCCCCCCUGUAGAACGUGGAAUGCCAGUUGAAUGAAGAGCUAAUAGCGCAAGCAAGAAAAAUGUUCCCUUCAGUGAUAAAAUAUAUUGUAGAUAUGACUGUUUGGGAGGAAGAGAAGGAGCUGCCUCCAGAGCUCAUAACUAGGUAAGUGAUGUGCUGGAGUUGGUGGCAAGUGUUUUACUUGCCUAUAAGUGGUAAAACCUUAGAAAAUAAAGCAGAGUCAUUCAGUUACUUAGUAAGGAAAGCCAAAAGGACUAGUCAGACUAGAGAGAAGCAUGACAGCAUUUGAAAACAACAACAAUGAUAAGGGACAGGAAGGUAGGAAAGUGACGGUCUGCUGGCAUUAUCUCUGAUUAUCUGCUGAAUUAUCUCUGAUACUACCAAGGACUUUCUUGAACCAUAAUUCAAUAAUGUUAACUUUACAUGGGGAGGUGAGCUCACAUUGUGGAUGGGAAUUAAAUGAAGAACUAUUAAACAAUAUAGAAAUAAGAGAGAAAGGUAAAAAAAUAAUGAAAGAAUAUUUUAAAGUCAACCUCAACCAAGGGGUAGAUGAGAAAGUGGUCUGGGAUGCAAGUAAGGCAUUUCUUACUUCUGAAUCAGUGGCUAUUCUAAUGUAAAUAAGAACAUUAUUUAUGUAAAUCAGAGCUUGAUCAAUUCCUCCAAUUUGAUUGCUUGUUCCUAUUUUACUUAAUGGCUUACAUUUGUUUUGUUGCCCAAUAUGUAUGUUGGAGUUUAUUUUAGUAUUCUCUUGUUAGAAUGACAUUUUGGUUUCCUCCCAGUAGAGAGAAGCUGGACAAAUACUACUGUGUCCUUUUCAAUGAUGAACAUCAUUCUUAUGACCAUGUUAUCUAUAGCCUACAAAGAACUCUUGGCUGUGAGCUUGGGGAAGCCCAGAUAUAUACUGCUGCUAUAGAUAAAGAGGUUGGUAGGAUGCACCAUUCCUGUUACAACUGUACCAUAUUGUAGCCCAGUGGAGAGAGAGCCAAUUGUACUGUUGUGGUCCAUAAUUUGCUUCCAUUACUUAGCAAGGAAAGCCAAAAUGCUUCAUAAGUGGUAGGUGAAAAAACAAUAAGAGUUAUCAGCUAAUAAAGUCAAACCUCGGUUUUUGAACGUAAUCUCUUCUUGAAGACCAUUCGACUUCCGAAACAUUUGACAACCGAGGCGCGGCUUCUGAUUGGUUGCAGGAGCUUCUUUCAUUCAAACGGAAGCUACGUUGGACGUUUGACUUCCGAGGAACGUUCGAAAACCGGAGCAUUUACUUCCGGGUUUUCGGCGUUCAGGAACUGAAACGUUUGAAAACGGAGCCGUUCGACAACCAAAGUUUGACUGUACCCUGUGGUUGUGGGUUUGUCACAUUCCUGCCACUGUGUUCUGUAACAAUUCUGUUUUGGAGAUAAGGGAUUAUUUCCACGGAAGAGAAGAGAGAGGAACAGAACGUCACCAUUUCCCAACAGUAUUGGCAUUGCACUGCCUCUUGGUGGAGCAUGACAGCAUUUUCCUCUCUCGGAAGCAAUAUCACUUGGUGUGCGAUGUUGCUUGUGGCACUCCAUAUUGUGAUCCUACUUUUCCAGGCAGUUAUAUGAAAUAUAUAUUGAAAGGAGUGUCUUUUAUCAAGGUAAAUCUCAGCAGGAAUAUGUAUAUGUAUAGCUGUGUCAUCUAUAUCUAUCUAUAUGUAGAUUUGGGCAAUGAAUCAUGAGGGAAGGAUUCAUUGGGAUGAAUUGGGCCAUACAGUAACUCUUCAGGGUUAGGGCCUGUCUUGAGAGACAUGAAGCUGCCUUACACUAAGCUAAGGCACCCCAUUGGUCCAUCUUGCUCAGUAUUGUCUGCACUGUUUGGAGAUAGCUCUCCUGGGUUUAAGGCAAGCAUCUUUUUCAACCCUACCUGGAAAUGCCAGGAAUUGAAUCUGGGACCUUCUGCAAAUUCUCCAACACUGAGCCCUUACCCAUCCAUGGAAAUCGAGCUACACACCACAACAUUACAACUGGGUCAGUACAAACAAUAUUCUAAAUGCGCCCACACCAUAGGGUGCAUCAGUCUAAUGAAAUCUCCAAAGAUAAAGAGUUGAAACCAUGCAAUAUCAUUAGCUGCUUAUGAAACAGUUGAACAUCCUUAGUUCAGUCUUGCCUUUGUUUACAUAUUGUUAUAAGAUCAAGUUGUGCCAUUACCCGACCUAAAUAUGUCACUUCUUCUAAUUAUUCAGGGCCGGAAGGCUGUCAAGGCAGGAUCAUAUGCUGUUUGCCAGGAAGCAAAAGAAGAGAUUAAGGUAACUUCCUGAAAUUAUGUGUGCUUUUCAAGCUACACUGGCUCCCGGUGGAGUACAGGGUCAGAUUUAAGGUGCUGCUUUUGACCUUUAAAGCCCUUCACGGCCUAGGACCCUCAUACCUACGGGACCGCCUCUCCUGGUAUGCCCCACGGAGAGCCUCAAGGUCCAUAAAUAACAACACCCUAGUGGUCCCAGGCCCUAAGGAAGUUAGAUUGGCUUCAACCAGAGCCAGGGCCUUUUCAACUCUGGCUCCGGCCUGGUGGAACGCUCUGCCUCAUGAGAAUUUGAUUCCCUCCCUCCCUCUCUUUCUUUUUUCUUUUCCUUCCCCUCCUGCGAUGAGGCUACAUUUUAAUAUUUUAAUGUUCCAUUAUUUUAAUGUUGUAUUUUAUUUUUGUUUUUAAGUUGUAAUCAUUCAUCUUGUUUUUAUUAUUGCUUGUAAGCCGCUCUGAGCCCGGCCUUGGCUGGGGAGGGCGGGGUAUAAAUAAAAAAUUAUUAUUAUUAUUAUUAUUAUUAUUAAUGUGUCAAAUAUACCCAGUUAAUACUGAAUAAUUGUUCUGUUCCUUUACAGAUGCAAAGACUUCGAAUCAUUCUUGACCUUUUCAGAUUUUUCUUAUCCUAAUUUUUUUGUAACAUUUAAUCAAUUAAGCUUCAAACACUGUGCUCCAGCUGUUCCAGCUGUCCUCUCUUUUCCUUAGUUGGAAGUACAAAUGGCAUGAUAGAGAAGAUGACAGGAAAAAAGUAGGCAAGAUAAAAGAAUCAGUUAAUAUCCUCUAAUUCUAAUGUCUUUUUUUUUUAAUCUUCUAGAAACAUUCGAACAACGUUUCCCAAGGUCCCCUAAAUGUUAAGGUUCUUCAUGCUGAUAUUAUGGCUCACCAGAAAUUUGCUCUGCGUCUUGGUUCCUGGUUAAACAAACUUAUGAGCUACUCAAGUAAGCGCCUUAAAUUGCUCUGUAUCAUAAUCAAAUGCCGAAACACUGACAAGAGAAUUCUUUCCUUAGCAGUAUAUGCAGGACCAGUCUUUCUUAAAUUUUCUUUCUUUUCUUGUGUGUGUGUUUCUUUGUGGCUGAUUAGCUAGUCUCAAACGUUUGUUGGGGGAGACCUAGGUUUUUUUUGGGGGGGAGUUAUUUGUCCUGUCUUCACGCUUUUUAUGAUGGAGGACCGCUGUAGCCACCCCCAACGACACGUUCUCAAGAUGGAGAGGGAGGGAACAGCUGCAGUCGCCUGCGGUUCCUGCGCAAUGUUUGCCAUCUUGCCAAAGGUUGCAGGCAGCUUUACCUGCAGCAAUUGCAUGUUGAUUGCCCUCUUAGAAGACAAAGUCCAGCAACUGGAGGAACGUGUAGCUACGCUCCAAAGAAUUAGAGAGCUGGAGCUCUUCUUGGAAGCAACAGAGCACACCGUCUCCACCAAGGAGGAGACAGGGGACUCCCCUGAGAAGGAGGCUAGUUCACCAACACAGGAGCCAGAUAUAUGGAGAAACGUGACUCAAAGAAGUAGGAGGCCCAGGGUUCGCUCUGAUUGUUUAGAAAUACACAAUCACUUUGAGGUCCUCUCCCCUAGCAUGGAAGACGAAGAGCAGACUCCAUUUGAGGAUCUCUCCUUCAUUACAGUCGAUCAGGUAUAUGAAGAUGAGCAGCAAAGUCAGUCCUCAGGGAAUGUGCAGGCGACCUUGGAACGGACAGCUCACGGAAGAACCCCGACCAGACCUAAGCGGAGGCGUGUAGUGGUGAUAGGGGAUUCCCUACUGAGGGGAACAGAAGCAGUGAUCUGUGGGCCUGACAAGAUGUCUCGGGAAGUGUGCUGUCUCCCUGGGGCUAAGAUCCAAGAUGUAACUGAACGACUGCAAGGAAUCAUAAAACCCACUGACAAAUACCCCUUCCUCUUGGUUCAUGUGGGAACCAAUGACACUGCAAGCAAUAGCCUCCAGAAGAUCAAAAGAGACUACGAGGCUGUGGGCAGGAAAUCGAAGCAAUUAAAUGCACAAAUUGUCAUCUCAUCUGUCCUCCCAGUUGAACGACGUGGCCCAGGGAGAGAGGAAAAAAUAGUGGAAGUGAACAGCUGGCUUCGCAAAUGGUGUAAACAGGAACGGUUUGGAUUCUUAGAUCACGGACUGCAGUUUCUUGAAGAUGGACUUCUGGCAAACGAUGGGCUGCACCUCACAAUGGUUGGGAGAAAUGUUUUUGCCAAAAAUCUCAGAAAGCUCAUCAGGAGGGCUUUAAACUGACUAAUGUGGGGGAGGGAGACAGUGCUCCUGAAGGUAGGAGUCUAUCAAUUGAUGAAGAUGAUCAUCCAAAUGUCAUAGACCAAAUGGAGCAAACAGCACGCAGACCUAGUGGUGGGAGGAAAAAAUCCUUAAAUAAGAGACACGGGGAAAUGAUUAAUGGACUUCAGUGUCUGUACACUAAUGCGCAAAGCAUGGGAAAUAAACAAGAUGAGCUUGAGCUCUUGGUACAGCGAACUAAAUAUGACAUAAUAGGCAUCACUGAAACCUGGUGGGAUAAGUCCCACGAUUGGAAUGUAACAAUGGAGGGAUACAAUCUAUUUCAGAAAAACAGACCAGACAAGAAAGGAGGAGGAGUGGCGUUAUAUGUCAGGGAUGUGUAUACCUGUGAAGAGAUCCAAGAUUUAGAACCUCAAAGCCAAAGUGAGAGCAUUUGGGUCAAAAUUAAGGGAGAGAAGAAUAACAGUGACCUCAUUGUGGGAGUUUACUAUAGAUCCCCAAGCCAAACGGAGGACAUAGAUGAUGCCUUCCUGGAACAGAUGGCCAAGCAUGCAAAAGGAAGGGAGAUAGUAGUAAUGGGGACUUCAAUUACCCGGAUAUUUGUUGGAUGUCAAACUCAGCCAAGAGCAUAAGGUCAAACAGAUUCCUCACUGGCCUUGCAGACAACUUCAUUGUCCAGAAAGUGGGAGAAGCAACAAGAGGAACAGCCAUUUUAGAUCUGGUCCUAACCAAUGUUGAUGACCUGGUUAGUGGGGUAGAAGUGGAAGGAUCAUUAGGCGCAAGUGAUCAUGCUCUUCUGAAGUUUACUAUACAGCGGAAAGGAGCAGCCAAGCAUACUAGGACUCAGUUUCUUGACUUUAAGAAAGCCGACUUCAUAAAACUUAGGGAAGUGCUGGGUGAGAUCCCAUGGGCAGUAAUACUAAAAGGAAAGGGAGUUCAUGAUGGCUGGGAGUUUGUUAAGAGGGAGAUAGUAAAAGCACAACUUCAGGCAAUACCAAUGAGACGGAAACAUGGAAGGUGCCUAAAGAAGCCAGGGUGGCUAUCUAAAGAACUUUUAACUGAGUUAAGAUUAAAAAGGAUGUGUACAAAAAUGGAAAAGGGGGAAACCACCAAAGAGGAAUUCAAACAAAUAGCCAGCACGUGUAGACACAAAGUCAGAAAAGCUAAAGCACAGAAUGAACUCAGGCUUGCUAGAGAGGUUAAAAGCAACAAAAAAGGCUUUUAUGGGUAUGUUCGUAGCAAAAGGAAGAACAAAGAAACAGUGGGGUCACUCAGAGGAGAAGAUGGUGAAAUGCAAACAGGGGACACAGAAAGGGCUGAACUCCUCAAUGCCUUCUUUGCCUCAGUCUUCUCCGAUAAAGAAAACAAUGCCCGACCUGAAGAAUUUGGAGCAAAUGAUUCAGCAGAGGAAACACAGCCCAGAAUAACUAAGGAGAUAGUACAAGAAUACUUGGCUAGUCUAGAUGUAUUCAAGUCUCCAGGGCCAGAUGAACUGCAUCCAAGAGUAUUAAAAGAACUGGCAGAUGUGAUCUCAGAACCACUGGCAGUCAUCUUUGAGAAUUCCUGGAGAACAGGCGAAGUCCCGGCAGACUGGAGGAGGGCAAAUGUUGUCCCUAUUUUCAAAAAGGGAAAAGAGAGGACCCAAAUAAUUACCACCCAGUCAGUCUGACAUCAAUACCAGGGAAGAUUCUGGAGCAGAUCAUUAAGCAAACAGUCUGUGAGCACCUAGAAAGGAAUGCUGUGAUCACCAAUAGUCAGCAUGGAUUUCUGAAAAAUAAGUCAUGUCAGACUAACCUGAUCUCGUUUUUGACAGAAUUACAAGCCUGGUAGAUGAAGGGAACGCAGUGGAUGUAGCCUACCUUGAUUUCAGCAAGGCAUUUGACAAGGUGCCCCAUGAUAUUCUUGUAAAGAAGCUGGUAAAAUGUGGUCUUGACUAUGCUACCACUCAGUGGAUUUGUAACUGGCUGACUGACCGAACCCAAAGGGUGCUCAUCAAUGGUUCCUCUUCAUCCUGGAGAAGAGUGACUAGUGGGGUGCCACAGGGUUCUGUCUUGGGCCCAGUCUUAUUCAACAUCUUUAUCAAUGACUUGGAUGAUGGACUCAAGGGCAUCCUGAUCAAAUUUGCAGAUGACACCAAACUGGGAGGGGUGGCUAACACCCCAGAGGACAGGAUCACACUUCAAAACGACCUUGACAGAUUAGAGAACUGGGCCAAAACAAACAAGAUGAAUUUUAACAGGGAGAAAUGUAAAGUAUUGCACUUGGGCAAAAAAAAUGAGAGGCACAAAUAAAAGAUGGGUGACACCUGGCUUGAGAGCAGUACAUGUGAAAAGGAUCUAGGAGUCUUGGUUGACCACAAACUUGACAUGAGCCAACAGUGUGACGCGGCAGCUAAAAAGCCAAUGCAAUUCUGGGCUGCAUCAAUAGGAGUAUAGCAUCUAGAUCAAGGGAAGUAAUAGUGCCACUGUAUUCUGCUCUGGUCAGACCUCACCUGGAGUACUGUGUCCAGUUCUGGGCACCACAGUUCAAGAAGGACACUGACAAACUGGAACGUGCCCAGAGGAGGGCAACCAAAAUGGUCAAAGGCCUGGAAACGAUGCCUUAUGAGGAACGGCUAAGGGAGCUGGGCAUGUUUAGCCUGGAGAAGAGGAGGUUAAGGGGUGAUAUGAUAGCCAUGUUCAAAUAUAUAAAAGGAUGUCACAUAGAGGAGGGAGAAAGGUUGUUUUCUGCUGCUCCAGAGAAGCGGACACGGAGCAAUGGAUCCAAACUACAAGAAAGAAGAUUCCACCUAAACAUUAGGAAGAACUUCCUGACAGUAAGAGCUGUUCGACAGUGGAAUUUGCUGCCAAGGAGUGUGGUGGAGUCUCCUUCUUUGGAGGUCUUUAAGCAGAGGCUUGACAACCAUAUGUCAGGCGUGCUCUGAUGGUGUUUCCUUCUUGGCAGGGGGUUGGACUCGAUGGCCCUUGUGGUCUCUUCCAACUCUAUGAUUCUAUGAUUCUAAAUGUCCAAAGCUAUUAAUGAUACUAAAAAUCAUUUUUCAUGUGCAAACAUUUUAUACUAAGGAUUUGCAUCUUACAAAAUGUCCAGAUAUAAAACUCACAGAAGUGUUUGGGAAAUAUUCCCAUUCACUUGAAUUCAAGCCUCAAUUUCCUUGUGUUUUUCUGCGGUACCAAAAGAAAUGCUAUUCUGGUCUUCUUGUCCCUGGCUGACCCAGAAAUAAAUAUUCAAUUAUAUGGUGAUGGCUAGCUGGGGAUGUUCUUGUAGGCCAUGUUCCUAAUUAUCAAUUCAUGUGCUCCUCAUGGCUGCUUUUAAUUCAGAAUAAAAGUGGCUAGCAUAAAUACCACGAGUUUGCUUAAACUUGUUUUAAUAUUAUAUUUUAAAAUUGUAAGCUGCCCUGGGACCUUACGAUGGAGGCAGGGUUGGAAAUUGAAUAAGUAGUCAUAAGUUAUUGGUGUUGUUUGUUCAAAGCUGGUCCAGAAUAACAUCUCAAAUAUGCAAGGCAAUAGUAGUUCUAGAAACUUUACACUCUUAUUUCAAAAGAAAUAAUAUUGAUUGAAAGAUAAACAUGGCAAUACAGGGUCAGCGAUGAGGUGGGGUCCUUGCAAAUGUAAGGCAUUUAUUUCAGAAUAGAGAUACUAUUGUGUUACAUCUGAAGAUAUAUUGGCAAAAGUUUUUUUUAAUCAAAAGAAUACAACUUUUAAGCAGGCCACAAUCAUUCCAAUAACCCAUCCAGAUUAUGUUACUCUAUUUUAGGUGACUUUCGUCAAAUCUUUUGUCAAAUAUGUCUAAAAGAAGAAAUUGAUUCAGAGAAACCUUGUCUUAUAAGCACACUGAUGCUUUGGGAUGCAAAACUUUACAAAGGUAAGUUGAAAUGAUGUUAAUUGAGCUUCUUCACAAUUAGCUGUGAUGUAUUAACCCUUCAGUGUCUGCCACUCAGUUUAAGAUGAGUGAUACUUUGAUAUUUGGAAAUAGUCUGACAGCUACUUUUUAAAUUUUAAAAAAGGAUUGAUGUCUAGGUUUUCAAACAAAUAUGGUUUCCCAACUGGACUAUACUUGGCAAUUGUACAUUUGGCAAUUGUAUAUAUAUUUCGAAAUGUAAGCACUGUUAUUACUUACUCCGUUAUUGAGAUAAACAUUGCAUUUUGUAAAAUGGAACAAAAUAUUCUUAUAAUUAGAUAUUCAUUCUCUUUUUCUUAUGGGAGUAAACAUGAACCGUUGAAUUUUUCAGGAGCCAGGAAGAUCUUGCAUGAACUAAUCUUCAGCAGUUUUUUCAUGGAAAUGGAGUACAAAAAAAGGUUUGCCAUGGAAUUUGUUAAGGUAAUUUAUCUCUCCUGUUACUUUUCACCCUUAUAAUAGCAAGGUAUGUUUUGCAAAGCCUUUUAAAAAAAUUAUUGACUGCAGCUUGCCCAGUGGAGCAGAGCCAUAGCAAUAUGGCAGCAGCAUCACUGCCACUCACUAGGAGGCAGAGGUGAGAGAGGGUGGGGCAAGGUGGUAGACUGGCAAAAGCAUCAAACUGACUGUGCUGAUACACCAUGAAGCCCCAGCUUUGCCGCCACGUUGACCUCUGGCUAUCUUGGCUGGGGCUGACGGGAGUUGGGCAUCCAACUCUAUGUCCAGUUCUGUAAACUGCCAUCUUCGGAUGAAGGACAAUAUAUAAAUUUAAUAAAUAAUAAUGAUAAUGUUGUUAAGCCCUUUGUUUACUUCUUAUUUAUUUUAAGCAUUUGUAAGUUUUUUGGCACGUGUUCAAAACUAGUAAUAGAAUAAUAAACAUACAGUAGAGAUUAAAUUCUUCAUUAAAUGAGUUCAUUAAAGGUCCUCCGCAAAGAGAAAAUUCAGUGAGGUUCAAACAGUGGAUGAGGUUCAGCAAUCAUUAGCAUCACUCAAAGUUGAUUUUUUUUGGGGGGGGGAGGCUUUUACAACAAACUUCAUCAAAGUCCUGAGGUAGAAACAGUGUUCAUCUAAAUGAUUGCCAUUUAAUUACUCAAAGCAUCUACAGAGAAGAUUUCCCCAUUCUUUGGCCGAUAAGAUCACUCUGUUACCUUGUGCCAAAGGUGACUUGCCUGUGCUGUAUGUUGAAAGUGUGGGCGUGUCCAACCGCCUACUGCAGUCAUGGAAGACACAAGCAGAACCAUGCUGCCCAGUGGUCCAAACAGAGUCCUUCUUUGUCUUAAAUUUUAAAAAGGAAAGAACAUUGGUCUGUCACAGUUGGGUUGUCUGGUGAAAUAAUGUGUGUUCCUGCUGGAAGGUGGGGAUUUCACUUACCUUAUGCUCUCCUCAUGAUGCCUCUGGCCUUAAGUUCCUGCCAGGCAAUCACCUUUUUUGCAUAUUCUUCUCUUCACAGCAUUACAAAAAACUACAGAGCGAAUACAUCAGUGAUGAUCAUGAAAGGCAAAUUUCUGUGACAGCACUUUCGGUUCAGAUGUUCACCGUUCCUACACUGGUACGUACAGCCAAUCAUCCAAGUAUAUAAAGAACAGUUUGUAUUGUGUUAGUCGCAAUACUAGUAGGUAACUUGGACACUGCAAGAAAAUCAAGUUUUUCCAAAGAAAGACUUGGUUGAAUUCUGCUUAAGAUACAUUGCUUGUUUGUAUUCCUAUCUGACUUGGUCUGGCAUCAUACAGUGGAAACAAUAAGCAAUAUGUGAGAAGAAAUCUUGCAAAUAACCUUUAUAGUAGUUUAUGCGUUCAUUUUUUAAAUAAGCAAACAUAUUUAAUUUUUGUUUGUAUAACCAAAGGGGCAACCAUAUCUCUAUAUUCUACUGUUUUCCUUUUGUCAAGAGCCUACAAUCAGCCUUCAGGACAGCAUUAUUAUAGUUUGGAUCCCAUGAACCACAAGCAGUGUCCUACUUACAAGGCCUUAUUGCCCUCUCUUCUGUACUGAAGCCCACCCCAAAAGCCAAAUUUUUGGUGGUGUGCUGACACUGUGUAAUUUAUUUAUAUGCUGCUUGAUGGUAGAAAACAAACAAACUCAAAGCAGUUUAAGUAUUUAAGCCUUGCUGGCAAAAUUGAUUUGCAAAGACAGAAGACAGUGAUGUGAUAAAAUACGCUUUGUAACCCAUCAUCCCUGACCAAGAUGGCUGAGACUGGUGAGAGGUGGAGUCCAACAAAUCCGGAGGGCCAGUGGUUCACUGUACCUACACUCUACUUCUGUAGUACUGCUUACAUAAAGCAGCAAUACAUCUGAAGGUUUUACCUUUAUUGAAUAAAAUUGAAAAUGAAAUAAAAACAAUUGUUACUGCUUCCCUCGCAGGCCCGCCAUCUCAUUGAAGAGCAAAAUGUAAUCUCUGUCAUAACAGAGACGCUGCUUGAAGAGCUCCCCAAAUAUCUGGAUAAAAAUGGCAAAUUCAACUUCCAGGAUUACAGCCAAGAGAAAAUGGGUCGAGUAUAUGCAGUCAUAUAUGACCUCAAGUAAGUGUUAUUGUUUGUGGAGAUGAGUACGUGCUUCAUUAGGCAAUAAUAUUUGUUUUAUCCUACCUAGCUCUUUACAUGUUGCAGAAAAGUGUUUGUGUCUGGGAUAAGCAUUGCAAAACAUGCCACAUUAGAACUGAAUCAUAUUGUGGAUAUGCAACUACAACCUUAGGCAAAUGAAUAUAAAUGAAGCAUUGCCUGGUCAGACAUAGCCCACUAUUCAGUGUCUCAACUGAAAUUUAAAAUCAUGGUCAGAAAUUAGAUUGGCCAUUUUGUCAUUCUAGAACCAAUUACUGGCACAAUUCACUGGCAGUGGAGAAUAAUAGUUUAUGUGUCUGUCAUUACCACCAUCAGGGCAUACUUCCUUACUAUAUGUUGCAAACUGAUCAAUAUCUAUUAAAAAAACAAUCUAUCUCUUGUGUUGUGUUUUAUGUCACCCUUUUCUGGGUAGACCUAGUGCAGACACAGUUGUGCAAGAGGAUAUCAGUGAUCAAGGUCAGCUUGUACUUCCACAUUUCAGCCAGGCUGUCACUAUUUCCAAGAAAGAGAAAUCAUAGAAUCAUAGGCUUCUAGAGUUGGAAGGGAUCCCAAGGGUCAUCUAGUCCAACCCCCUACAAUGCAGGAAUCUCACCGCAUAGUCCCCCAUCCAGUUUGAAUCCAUCCUGGACCCUGCUUAGCUUUGCAAAUGUGUUAGCCAUUUUAUUGCUGCACCAGUGGGUAUUUCCUCAAAGGAGUUUCAAAAUCUUUCCCAGCCACAUACGAUUCCAGCCCCAUACCCUAAUUUAAAGCCUGCUUUGUCUGGAAAAGACUUAUGAAAUUCAACUUUUUUUGCAACAGGUAUAUUUUAAUCAGUAAGCCUACAGUGUGGACAGACAAACUGCGAGAGCAGUUUUUGGAAGGGUUCCGUUCUUUCCUGAAGAUUCUUAUUUGCAUGCAGGUACAGUAUAUAAUAUAUACAUCUCUUAUUUGCUAUAUAUAUAUGGUUACUGUAUUAUGAACCUGCCCAUAUGCCCAAUACAAUAUUAAUGUGCUGUCCUAAUAUGAUUCAUAAGCGUUCUUCUCAGAUGUUUUAAAGAAAAUCAGUUUCUUUCAGGUGAGUAUGAAUUAACUUUAUUCAGCAGAGCUCUGGAUUUUACAAGCACAAUUACAUAUGUAUAUAAUUUGGGAUGCUAUUAAAACACACACCGUAACUGCUUAGAGUUUUCCUGUUGAUUAAGCAGUAAAUAAACCUUAUUAAUUAAUUAUCCACACUGUAGAAAUAUAAAUGGCCUUGUUUUAGUUGGCGCUUACUUUUAUUUGCUUAGACUCAUGGUUUGAACAUCUGUCUGAUACAAGCCUCAGUUUAGUCACAUAAUGUUUGGGGCGGGGAUUUCAUUGCAGGGCAUGGAGGAAAUAAAAAGGCAAGUUGGCCAGCACAUUGAGGUGGAUCCAGAUUGGGAAGCAGCCAUUGUCAUCCAGAUGCAACUGAAGAUUAUUCUCCUGAUGUUUCAGGAGUGGUGUGCCUGCGACGUAAGCCUGUUUCAAUAAAAUUGCAGCGUUAUCUGUAGAAACAAAUACUUGUCUAUGGAGCAGCCUCAAAUCUUUGGAGGUGCCUUGUGAACAUACCACUCCCCAUGACCUUGACAAGCCUGGUGCUUCAACUUUAACCCAUGAAUCUUUUUUACCUUGAACUCUUAAAAGUUCACAUAGCAAAAUUUUGCUAUGAUAAUUUCAGUUGAUAUUUACUCGGCAGGAUCUGUGGAAAUAUUUGUAUUUAUCAAAAAAAAAAAAUGAAAGAAGAUUUCCCUUCUAAUUGAAGCUGGAUGCGAUACAGUUGGCCCAUCCCCAUACACAAGGGUUUGGUUCUGGGGGGGUCUGCAAAAUCGCACAGAGUCAGGAACCCCUGGAACUGCCCUACUGCGAGGUGGAGGGUUGUUUACCAGGCUCUGGAAAGGUCAUAGGAGGUCCAAUAAGCGAGGCGGACUUUCCAUACCAGCUUCUGGGAUGCUUCCAGAGCGCUCGCAUCUCAUUUCCAGAGGCUGGCAAGGAAGGCGCCACCUUGCUUGCUGGACAUUGGGAAGGCGGCUUUGGGAGCAUCCCAGAGGCUGGUAAGCAUGGAAAACCCACUUGGUGUGUGUGGGGAGGGGGAUAAUAAAUGGGGGGCAGGAAAUGGUGGGUUUCCCCCGUUCAUUUAUUUAUUUACCUACCUACCAACCACCAACCCCACCCCUUGGUGUAAGGUUGCAAUUGCGUAUGUAAAGUGAGCGUAAGUUCUGGGCCCGCUGUAUAUGAUAAACAACACUGAAUAGUGAGAAGAUACAGAUUCUGGAUUAGGCUGAUGAUCUGAAUCUUUGCUAAGCUUGUUGUUUCAAAAUCUGUUUUGAAAGUCUCCUACUUAUUUUCACAAUCCUCUAUAUAGAAAGCUGAAAAGUGGCUUCUGGAGAUGCAGAUCAUUCAUAAAGCUAUGGAGUUGAAAACACAUAGUUUCAGCAAAGUAUUUGAAAGUCAUCUGGAAAAGACAGUUCUGCUUUUAUAUUUACGUGUGGUUGACCAGAAUUGUGACAGAAGAAAUGACUAGAAAGUUGUUCCUAAGAGAUGCAAUUGAACAAUCCAUAUUCUUACAGGAUAAUUAGUAACCAAUUUUCUUAGGAAUUAGGUUUAUUUUAAACAUAUAGCAAUGCACAAUUCCAUUGCCGCUGAUCAAAAAUAAAACGCAUGACCCAUAUUAAAACAUAGAAAUGAGACGGUAUGAUUUUUUUAAGCACAGUUAAAUUUAAGGCUGUAUAUUUAAAUAUAAUUAUAAAAAUAUUGUCCAUUCUAGGAAGCACUGUUGGUGACUGCUUACAAGGAAUGCCAUGCAACAGUAUUGAGAUGUAGUGCAAGUAAUUAUUCAUGGGACAAGACAGUGAUUCAUUUAUGCGGCCAUACUUUGGAAAGCAAGCGCUUCAGGGUGUCUGCAGAUCCUGUCAGCAUACAUCUACCAUUGUCCAGGAUGCUUGCUGGUGAGUGUCCUGUGCUUGCAGCUUAUGAGAAUUGCAGUCAGUUCCUGCUCACAUUUUGAGAAGGAUUCUGAACCUGGAGGUUGUAUUUAACUAUCAUGGAUAAUAAUAGCUACUGUUAGAUCUCUCCUGCAUGAAUUUUUCAAAUCAUCUUUACAAUCUAAGCUAAUAACACCAUUUUGAAUUCCUGUUCUUGUAAAGGAAAAAAAUAUUUUGCUGUUCUGAAUCUACUUGCCAGUCAGUUUGAUUGGGUGACUGGCUUCUAAUACAGCAGAGAGCAGAAAGUAUCUCUUCACAGCAUGUAUAAAUUUAUUAGGGCUUGGUGCAUAUGGCAUAGUAAGCCAAACUAUGACUUACCUGGACUGUGAAAAUGUGCAGGCUCCCAGAGAGGAUCUUGCAGCUGCUUAGUUCCUCCUGAGUCCAUUUUCUCCCACACUUCACUAAGCUAAGCCAAAGUCGGACUUCGUAUGCUCUCUGAAACCUGGCUUGUGAUUAAGCUCUCUGGCCAAUGUUGGUUCUUGGCUACAGAUCAUUGUUAGUGAGGAGAGAGCUUAAUUAUAAGCCUGUAUUUAGACAACAAGCAUACAAAUGCAUCUUGUAACUUACAAAUUGAUACAAACAUUACUGUUAAUGUAUUUCCUAGGUCUGCACAUACAGCUGAGCAAAACAGAUGUAAUCUCCAGACUCCAAGAAUUCAUAACAUCUGUAAGUAUCUCCACUGGAUACUCAAUAGUAUUUGAAAGUUCAGCCAGUUAUGAGAGUCAUUGGGGUCUAGUGGUUAACUUGUUGGGUCUCCCUGAUCCAAUUCCAGGCUCAGUUCCCUACCCAGUGAUGAAGAUCACUAAGUGAGCUUCAGCCAGCCAUUCCCUCUAAACCUAACUUGCCUCAAAAAGUUAUUCUGAGGAUAAAAUGGGAAGGGGAAGAACCAGGUAUGGCGUCUUGAGUUCCAUAGAAAGAAGGUGGGAUAUAAAUGUAGCAGAGAACUAAUAAAGGAUACAAAUAAGCUCUUAAUGGCAGGAGAUCUUAAACUGCAGUACCUUACUGUGGGUAGUUAUUGGCUGCUAAAUAUAAAUAAUUAUUCUGCAAAAAAGAUUGAUGCUGUUUCCCAUCAAUAAUUGACAAUACAGAAUCAUUAGUCAUUUUCCUUAAGGAAGGAUAUAAGUCUGUAGUGGCUGAACACUGAAUGAAUACUGACUUGACCUGGCUGAAACCACACAAUACAGUGUUAGAGCCUAGCGUAAUAAAGUGCAAUUAAAUUCUGCAUCUAACCUUUUGUUGUAUUUUUCUUUUAAUAAUAGCAGAGAAAAUCCUGUCCCCCUUUUUUACUAACUUAUCUGUAGUAAUUGAUUUCCUUGUGCAAAUGCCGGUUGUUUUAACGCAAUCAAUCUUUUAAAAAACCUUUAGGAAGAAUUCCAGGUGCAGAUGUUGGUGGAAUAUCCUUUGCGUUGUCUAGUAUUGGUUGCUCAGGUUGCUGCCGAAAUGUGGAGAAGGAACGGGCUGUCUCUGAUAAGCCAGGUACCAAACCAAAUUUCACUACAAAUAUAUUCUCGCAUGUAGUGCUAUAUAUCCCACAGAGGCUAAGUUGCCAGUAUAAGUAUUGCAAGCAAAUUACUGGACAAAAAACCUACUCCAAGGCUUAUUCAGUAGGUAGAAAGGGUACAUUAGGUACCUUGGGCCAGUCACCAACUCUUAAUUGAGUUGUUAUGAGAGUUGUUUUGAGAGUACAAGCAGGGGAUUAUUUGUGCUUCUUUGAGUUCCUUGGAGGAAGGACAGGAUAAAAAUCUGAUAGAUAAUACUCUAGAUAUUAUAUUUGACUGUCCCUAAAGUACAAGACAGAAACAUUAAAAUCAAGAUUUGUAAGCCUCGAACAAGGAUUUUCCAGAUAGCUCUAAUUUUGAAUACGUAAGAUUAUUUUCACUGUGUGUCAUGUAACAAUGAAGGGUCAUAUACUUGAUCCUAAAAUUUGUGGUACAAAGCCCAUGUAAUGCCCAUUAGCUAUAAAAAUAAAAUAAAAUCUGUCUAGUGCAAAGUCCAGGUAAAGUGGUUAAUGGGCGAAAUAGAUAGAAAUAAUCAAACUUGAUUUUGUUAGUUUGUAAUGUAUGAAUGCAGUCUUUCCUAUCCUACUGUAUGUUCUUAGAUACAAUUAAUGAGUGUGAGUGUGGGAAAAUAUUUUGUGACAAAUGCACAACUUUAAGGGAAGGCGUGUGGAUUGUGUCCAACAAACAGGAAGUAAAUAGAAAGGCAUGAGGUACAUAUAAAGUUAUAUUUUGAAAUUACAAUAAAUAUAUAUGCUGAUGUUUAAUCCUUCUGUUGGCCAUGUUUCCAUGUAACGCUAACCACUAAAACUUAGUUCACAAUUCUGAACUGAAAAUGGAAGCAGCCUCUGUCACUAAAUGUUUUUUAAGUUGUGAUUAUGAGCUUAAAUAAACAAAUGCUUGGAUCCAAAGGAGGCCUGGUAGAAAGGGACUCAGUGAAACGAGACGUCCUGCCUGAUUUUGGGCGAUUCGUCUCAUUCCUCUGGCAGUUUCCUAGAAAAUCUCUCUUGGGAAUUGAAGGAUGAUCCUGAAUGGUGGGGGCUGUAAUUCAAGAGGAAAUAAGGGAUCUCCUAAAAUUAAGAAAAUAUUCUGUGAGUGAGAGCUUCUUUCAGUGAGGAGUUGGAGAAGGGAGUCACCUUUUGGCCACCUUCUGCUGGUCUUUCUCUGAAUUGAAGCCAAGAGGUUUUGUCAUAUGCAGUUUUAGGGGAUAUUGCCAGUAUCAGAAAUGUGCUAGCUGAAAACUUUUUAUAACAAAGUUAAGGGUAGGAAGGAGUAGUGUUUUGCUGAAUUGAAUGCCUAUGCCAAAGAGGACGGCUUUGUAUAUGAAGCUUUAUAUACGUUUUAUUUUCUUUCAGAUGUUUUAUUAUCAGGAUGUUAAAUGUCGAGAAGAAAUGUAUGAUAAGGAUAUAAUUUUCCUUCAGGUGAGUAUGUUUGCAAUUUCUCUGGUCUAAUAGUAACAGUGUGUUGUUUGUUGCCUAAAUUCUCUGUUCUCUAAUGGUAUUGAAUGUGUAUAUUUCUGAUAGAUUGGGGCAUCACUUAUGGAUCCAAACAGUUUCCUCUUGCUUGUACUCCAACGAUAUGAACUGCUUGAUGCCUUUAAGAGAAUUGUGCCAACCAAAGACCAGGUACAGAGCUAUAUGCUGUUAAUUUUUACCCUUGAAAUCAUAAGCAUGUGGAAACCCACUGUUUCUAUCUCCUUCAAUGAAAUUGCAAUAUUUUGCUAAAAACAGUAAUUUCCACUGAAGAGACUUUCUUAAAUCACAUAGACUUUCUGUACCAUAAAUUAUUGCAGCUUUACAACUUAAAAAUGGAAUUUAUCCCUUCCCUUCCCUUCUCUUUGAUUCUCUUCUUUAGAUUAUUUCCAUCCAGCGUGUAGGCUUAAUUUUCUGACAUGAGUGCUGGUGGGGGAACUUUUAAAUACUGGGUAGAAUUCAGUUGCUGCCCUUGUGGUCAUGGAAGGACCUUUGACCCAACUGAUGCAUUCACACAAACAGGAGAGGGAUUCUUGGCAGUUUGCCCUUUCUACUGCUUCCCUGCUCUGUAGGUUUCCCUAACACUCUGGAGCUGAUUUUUUAGGUGGCAGUUGGGGCUGCAGGGGGAAGCAGGAAUUGGCAAAAACUGCCUCUCCACUUGUCCUGUUUGCAGAAACAUGUGGCGCAUCAAAAGCCCUUCUGUGAAUUCACGGGCACCAACUAGUUUCCACCCUCUAUUUUUCCAGUUAUUUUUCUGUUCAUAAAGCGUUGGGUCAGCUUAAUAUGUUUUCAAGUGCUUCAGAAAACCUCAGGCUUCAGUAUUUCACAUAAUUAUAUUUUCCAAGAACUUCAUUUGUGCUUUCUUGAAAUAUUACAGGAUUUGAAUAAGCAGUGUAACACAUUAAUAGAAGAGAUGCUUCAAGUUCUUAUCUACGUGGUGGGUAAGGAAAAUUGCUUUUUUAGAAAAGAUGGAGGUUGUUUAGAAUAUGGAAUAGGUUCUCCAGUAAUGGAAACUUUAAUAUCUGAAACCAUCACACUUAACACAAGUGUGUUAGGUGGCAUAUUAAUUACAUAUCUAAUCUGGGUUAAUUAUGAGCCACCUUUUAAUAUUGUCCCUUUUUUCCCCUUCUUCCACCAUCAGCUGGUUCUUUAGGCCCUUAAAAAGGUUCAUUUCCUUUGCAAACAUAUGUAGAUUUACCUUCAGCUAUUCAGUGUGGUUAUGUAUCUCCAAGGAAUAGCCUAGCUGUGAUGUGUGCACAGGCAGCUCAUUGAAUAGUCUGCACAUGCCAUUGUGAAAAGUUGGGUUUCCAGUGGCUGUUGACUGAUUUGGCAGCACUGCACUUCUUUAAACAGUACAUGUGAAUACUGUAUACAUGGGCUUCUGGAAGUGGCUGAUGGAAGACAAUGGCAGACAGAGCAUUUGUAUAGUGAAUGAAAAGUAUUUUCUUUCAAUAAAACCUGAAAAUCAUGUGUACAGAUACGAUUGUGGUUAGGUGGGGUGCAGUGUACUAAAUGCCUCUUUGGGUAAUACAUUUUUUAUAUCGAUCCAGUGCUGGGGUUUCAAAACAAGCUUGGACAGAAGGCAGUUAUCCAUCUGUAAUUAGAGCAAAAUCAAGAAGGAAUGGAAGGAAAAUUAACCGUGGGAGUAUUAGAAGCAACAGGAAAUAGAGAGAAGACUGAAAAAAUGCAAAACAAACAAACAAAAACCCAAACCAAAAUAAAAGCAGCUGGCUCAUUAUCAAUCUAAGGGAUAGGCUGUGCUUUGGAAGGGGCUUUUGAAGACUCCAUAUGUGAAAAAGGUGAUUUGGCCCAUGAGGGUUCAUGGAGAAAACUAUCUGUCCUACUGACUUAGAUCCAGUUCCCCACCCAUGGGAUAGGACAUAGAACAGGGGUGGGGAACCUCCAGCCCAUGGACCAAAUGCUUCCAGGCAUCUUUGUCUUAUCCUCAGGCUUCUCUCCAUGCCAUGAUCAUUGGCUCUGCUCCCAAGUGCUUUUCCUGGCUGAAAUGUGUUCUUGCUGUGAUGAUAUAUUUUGCUUGCUUGGAUGGAGAGAGGCUUGGUGUGUGUGCAUAUGUGCGUGUAUGUAUGUAUGUGUAGGAGCCCUCAGAUUUUGUAUGACUGUAACCUCACUUUAGUAUUCUCGGCCUUCUUAUCUAACCUACAAUAUAUUCAGCCCUGCCCAUGCAUCCCCUUGCAGUGCUCCAUGCCACUUUCAAGGAAUUUUUAGUCUAGGAACCAUCAUCAUUACAGUAUGAUCUCUUGCAUGCAUGAAAAUGUAUUCCACUGUAUAUAUGUGAGAUUACUUUCUUCUUCUUUUUGCUUCCAGGGGAAAGAUAUGUGCCAGGAGUCAGUAAUGUGACAAAAGAUGACGUUACUAUGCGGGAAAUUAUUCAUCUGCUUUGCAUUGAACCAAUGGCUCACAGUGCUAUCGCAAAAUCUUUGCCCAAGGAUGUGAGUGAUUUCUUCCUUUGAUUCCUAUUAAUCUAGGAAGGUUCACAGAUUGCUUUACCACAGAACUCUUUAGGCGUGUAUAUGAUAAAAUUAUCAAUGAAACACAGCUCAAGUUCCUCCUGUACUUGAUGUUUCCUCUAUCUUGUGUUCCUCUUUCAGCAGAAAUGUUUAACAUCCUUUUCUUAGACAAUCCAGACUCCUUGUAGCACAAGAACACACACACCCACACACCCCAUUCUAUACACAGAACUUCUUUAAUAUUACUGUGAUUGCAAAAAAACCAUGCACACUAGGAGCUCCAUGUGUCCAUGUCAUUUUGGAUAAAUCAGCUUAAAAGUACAUGAUUAUAUUUUAACUAUUUGCUAAGACACAGUGGCCUUCAUAAUAACAUUUCGAUUUUGAAAAUUUUGAUUGUUUUUAAUAACAAUCUGCUUCACAGCUCCCCAUGCCCUUGCUCUCGUUUGAAUUGUUGCUGCAUUAAUAGCAUGGUGAUAAAUGCCUACAUUCAGUCUUAUCUGGGUAUCUGUAGAUGUUUAUCAGCUACUGAUUCUUAGGUAGCUUGAUUUGCUUUUAAUUUACUGUUUUUCACCACAUAUAUUUUGUUCUUACUACUUUGCCAUAUCAAAUGUUUUUAACAGGAAAACAAUGAGACUGGUUUGGAGAAGGUCAUCCACAAAGUGGCCAUAUUCAAGUAAGCUCUUGUUUCUUUUAAAUCAGUAGUUAAAGCAUAGUGAUAGCAUAUUAAUAAUUAAUUAAUGAAAAUUGUAUACCGCCCUUCAUCUGAAGAUCACAGGACAGUUCACAACAGAAAAAUACAAAAUGAGAACACAAAAUGCAUACAGUGAUACCUUGGUUCCCGAAAGGCUUAGUUGACGAACAAAUCGGCUUCCAAACGCCGCAAACCUGGAAGUAAGUGUUCUGGUUUGCGAACGUUUUUCGGAAGCCGAAGAUGUGUUUUGGCUGUCAGCAUUGUUUCUGGGGCCAUUCAGCCAAUCAGAAGCCGUGCCUUGGUUUGUGAACGUUUUGGAAGUCGAACAGACUUCCAGAAUGGAUUGAGUUCAAGAACCAAGGUACCACUGUACUAAAACAAAAACAAACCCAAUAGUCCUCUUCCCACAAACACAUUUGAAAGGCAUAGAAUGUUAAUCAGCCAAAUGCCUGGCUGAAGAGGAACAUUCUCAUGUGUUUGCCACAUAUAAAGAAGCCAGACAUUUGAAAUAUAUAUGCUUUCAGAGUUUUGCAGAAAGAAUUAAAAACUGUGUUGAAGCAGUGAUCCAUUUACUCAGAUUUCAAAAGCAUUUGCUAUGUUUCAGUAGUGGUUUUUCAUGUUUGUUUACCUUGAGAGGGAAGGGUUUUACAAAUCAGCUUAUCGAAGAACUGCGUGUCUGUGGAAGGAACUUGCAUGUUGCAGAGGAUUCUGUGGCCUGUUCAAAGGAACACCCUAAAUUAAACUGGCUAGAUGCCACUGUGCUGUUCUGUGCACACUCAUUUGUCCUUCAAAAUUCCUAACAUGUCCUGUGGCUUUGAAUUGUGAGGAUAUUCAGGAUAGAGGCAGCAUGCCUCUGAGUAAUGGUUGCUGUUGCCCUCAUUUCUUGCUUACUCAUUUCUCUUAGGCAUCUAGUUAGUCACUGUGGGAAGCAGGAUGGUGGACAAGAUGUAGUAAUAAUAAUAAUAAUAAUUAAUAAUAAUAAUAAUUUAUUUAUACCCCACCCAUCUGGCUGGGUUUCCCCAGCCACUCUGGACGGCUUCCAAAAGAAUAUUAAAGUACAAUAGUCUAUUAAACAUUAAAAGCUUCCCUAAACAGGGCUGCCUUCAGAUGUCCUCUAAAAGUCUGGUAGUUGUUUUUCUCUUUGACAUCUGGUAGGAGGGCAUUCCACAGGGCAGGUGCCACUACCAAGAAGGCCCUCUGCCUGGUUCCCUGUAACUUGGCUUCUCGUAGCGAGGGAACCGGCAGAAGGCCCUCGGCGCUGGACCUCAGUGUCUGGGCAGAAUGAUGGAGGUGGAACUGCUCCUUUAGGUAUACUGGACCGAGGCCGUUUAGGGCUUUAAAGGUCAGCACCAACACUUUGAAUAGGCCCUUGGUUGGAGUCAGCAGGAUUCUUUGUAUGUUGUGUGUAUGAAAUGACUGUGUGUUCUCCUUAAUGCUUUGCUGAAAAUAAUUGCAUCGUUUGUAUGCUUUUCAAAUAAAGGAAACCAGGUGUAUCAGGCCAUGGAGUCUAUGAACUGAAGGAAGAAUGCCGCAGAGAGUACAAUAUAUUCUUUUACCAUUACACCAAAACACAGCGCAGCAAGGUAAGGAAAUCAUGAUGUGACACCCACAACCUUCCCACCAAGUGGGGAAGUUACCAUGUUGCUUGCAUGCCUCUCGCAAACCUAGCUGUCUAUGUCCCUUAUGAUCAAAUCGCCUAGUACUCAGAGGCCCCUGCCCCUUGGAGUAUUAUCCAUAGUGCUGAACCCCUAGAGGACAGGAAGACAUACAAACCACUUUCCAAAAUACAUAGUAGAUUGCAAGCCACUGUGGAUAGCAGCCAAUUAUUAAUGUGAUUAUAUAUUUUGAAGAAACAAUAUUAACCUAGUAACCAGGAGUUUGCAUACGGGGUCUCAGACCCAGGUUUCCUGUCCUUUUCCCCUUUUUAAAAAUUGUGUUUUUACUUUGGUUGUAGGGCAUCUGGGUACAUUACAAAGCCCUGUGCUGGUGAGAUCCCAGCCACCUACCAUGUCAAUUUGCAUAGAGGCACUUGUUUUAGUUUUAAUGUACAUAUGCAGCAUUUCUUGCUAGAAGAUUGUGGAUGGAGCAGAGGGCUCAAGCCACAUAUAGUGUACUGUGCCUAGAAAAUCCUGUUGGCAUCCCAUAGCUUAGAGAUCCCUGAUACCCAGAAUUUGUUUUUCCCCUCUGAAAGCCAGACUAAAUUUGCAACUAUACAUUUUUAUGCAUAUUUAUGUCAUGGGCCUGUACCCUGAGUCUUUUAAGAUGAGGGUAUAAGUUGUGGAGGUAAGAAAAACCCUGCUUGACUCACGGGUCUCUUUUACUCAUUUUUGUUUAUUUCUCCCCUGUAUCAUUCUUGUUCAAGGAAUAACUAAUUGCAUAUAUAUUUCAUUGCUUUAGAUUAAUUCAUAUUUAUUGAGUCUAGAUUGACUUUGAUGUGCCACACGGAUUCUCAGAUUUCAUGUUCUUCAUAUGUAUUCUUUAUCUAGAGUGCAGAUGUCCUAAUGUGUUCAUUCAUUACAUAGUAGCAUAAGGUAUUUUUCCAAGUGAAAAUUAUACAUUUACAGAACUUUGAAACAAUGCUGCUAAAACCCCUUUUCUUUCUUUCUAGAUAAGGGUCAGAUUAAAUUUAGUAAAGCAUCUUUUUGGAAUCCUAUUGGCAUCCUGUAGCUCAGCAUAAAGGCUGACACUCAGAAUUUCCUCACCCUUGCACUAUUUCACUAAUUUUGUUAGUCUAACGUGUGAGUGAGCAUCUGCCUGCCUGUACUGAAAAGAAAAAGAUUUAGUUUAUGCUCAUAGAUGGCUACAAAAAGGAAAGGGGAGCAAUUGCUUUACUCCCCAGUACCUCUUUAACAAGUGUGUGCUUUCAGGGAUAUGUGUGUGUGUCUCUUCUCUAGGUUCUCUUUUUUGUGCCUUCAGAGAAUUCCUAGUACUUGAUCAUUAAUUGCUUUUGAUGGAAUCUAAUCUAAGCUCUUUGUCUAUACAUUCAGUCAAAAAAUCUCAUUGGUAUCUUGAGAGUAAACAAGUUGACUCUUCUUACAGGCUGAGCAUAUGGAAAAGAAAAGAAGAGUGCAAGAAAACAGAGAUGAAGGUAAAAAGUUGGAACAAUGAAUGAAAUAAGUGCAAGGAAGUGAUGGUGAAGUGUUUUUUUUAAAAAAAUAAAAACAGCUUUGAUCCAUAAAUGAUUCAUCCUCAUUCCUCGUAAAGUUCAGAGAACAUAAAUAUAUUACUGAUUGCCAAGUCAUUUAUUUGCAAACGUACAAUAUAUGGUGACUUCCAUUGAGAGAACUCAUUGCACUUUGUGCCACUUUUGUGUGCUACUAUUUUGAUGAAGAAACUGAUUACAUCUGCUUUAGAGGUUGGGAUCACCUAUCCACUUUCGUCACAGUUAGGACUGCUUCUUAAGAUUGGCUUGGCUGUUGCUAUAGAUGCUGCGGUAUUGGCAGAGCGCCCUAGGCUGUGAGAUUGCGUAUAGAUAUUCUCCAUCGGUACUAAUGUCCCACUCCAGCAUGGGGGAAGUGGGGACCCUUCCUGCACUCUUGUCCACUGCUACAAAUGUGGGUCAGAGCCAUUUCUGUUUACCUUGUUUCACUUAUUCAUGCUUCAGCUCUUAAGCUAUUGCUUGGUCCUUGUAGUUUUUCUUUACAAAUAUUGUGAUUUGCAUAGAGGAGCUGAUGUGUAGUGCUACGUUAAACAAUAACAUACAAGUUUCCAGGAAUGCCAAUCAGUUACUCUAAGGUUAUACUGAAAUGCCCUGUGAAUUACAGUAGUACAAAACAUUUUAAAUCCAAAAAGGGUGUUGUGCAAUUGUUAAACAGUAUCAGUGUGCUUAGGAAAAUGCUGUUACUUUCUAGUUGGCAUGUUCAGAUGUAAACGUUUCCAACUGAGCAAUUACAUUUGGAGAGCCCAUUGCUCAGUGCUAGAACACAUGCUUUGCAUCCAUUAGGUCCCAGAUUCAGUCCCCAAGCAUUGCCACUUAGAGUUCUCUGAGUAGUUAAGUAGGGAAAUUCUGCCUCAAACAUUGGAGAGAGAGGCAAUACUAAACCCAAAGUAUAUGUUCAUAUAUCUGCUGCAGUUAGUUGAGAGUUCUACCAGAGCACUUUACAGGAGGACGUAUAUAUGGCAGGACUUUAUUUCAUACAAGUAUGAUACAUUAAAGUAGCAUCCACUGCUUAUAGCCAAAUAUGAACGUUUAUGCUCUUUGCUUUCAUAAGAUGGCCGGGAAGUUAGUAAUGCAUGAGUAUUUGUUUACUUUUUUAUAGCACUGCCACCGCCUCCUCCACCUGAAUUCAGUGCUGCUUUCAGAAAUGUGGUGAACGUUCUGAAUUCUGAUGUCAUGAUGCAUAUUCUCAGAACUGUGUUGCAAAGAGCACUAGAGCUAGAAAGCCACUUGUGGACAGAAGCCAUGAUCCAGAUGGUAUGCUUGUCGACUGUAUCUUCUGAGAUUUCUGCUUUGGGGUGUAGGUUGCUUUUGGAAUGCUCUUCCCUAGAGCAAUGUGUUUCCCCCAUGUAUUUAAGGUACCUUUACCCUGUUCAUCAUGCCAUUCCCAGGACAGCUAUUAGUGUCAUAAAAUGGUGAAUAUUGCAGGCAGUAAUUGCUUGGAUUGAGCUGUGGGCGAAUAGUCUAGCAAGUGAGUGAGGUGUAGAGGGAGGGGUUUUUGGGUCAAGUGUGUGGGAAAGGUGGUUGGGAAAGGAGAGCAAAGAAGGGCAGCAGCCCCUAGUGAAUAAAUAAAAAUUAGUCUCUGCAGGACAGCUCAACAGCACCUCGAUGAUCAACAGUUCAUUUGUCUAUUGCAGUACACUGCCCUUAGGUUUACUAUCAUGUGCUAGACAUCUAGGUAUCCAGAUCAUGGCCAGGUUACCUUGGGUUCCUUGCUAACCCAGGUCACCUUGCUAACCCAGGGAUGGGGAGCCUCAGGGCCAAAUGUUUGCUGUCCUAGUCUCUGUGCAGCCUUCAGGACUCCCCAAGCAACACCCCUCUCCAGCCUAUUCCACACCCUCCUUUUGGGGUUUUGCCUGCUUAGAAUGUGUCUUCAAGCUCAUCAUGCUGCUUGCCUGCCUGGAUGGAGAGUGAUAUGUGAAUAAAUUAACAUGUGUUGUUCCACCCAAUUUUGCUUUUGGCCUUGCCCACUGCUGGCAAGUGGCCCCUGGAAAGGUUGCCUAGAAGGGAAUGUGGCCAUUUGGGCUGAAAAAUGGUCCCCAGCCCUGUGCUAACCAGAGGGUGUUUCAUUCUAAGCAGCCUAGGUUUAGUACUUGUUUACAUUUCUCUAGGUUCUUCACCUUCUUGCUUUGGGUCUACUUGAAGAAAAGCAGCAGUUAGAGAAGGUUCCCGAGGAAGAAGUGGCCUUUGACUUCUACCACAAAGCAUCAAGUGAGUGUGCCAUCUUGUAAAACAAGAAUCUUAAUUUUAAAGUUAUUUCUGAAGUGCAAUGUGAACUCACCGACAGGCAUUUGAAGCAGAAUUGCUGCCCCUUGAUCUUAGAUAUGAAAAGCCACCAAGAGUUUAUUUCCAGCAGAAAAGUGCUUACUUAGAGAAAUAUUUUGAAAUAAACACCAUUUUAAAACAAGGAAGGAGAAAAUUAUUCAGUCUUAAUUGGUCUACAGAUACUACAUUAAUGCAGGGAAAAUAUAUCUUACCAGGUUUAAUCUGUAGCCGCCCCUUGAGAUACCAGCUUGUGCCAAAUUUCAUUUGAUGGUGAAUACUUGUUCAAAAGAACUACAAUGUAAACUAAUUGCUUGCAGUUAUUACCUGCAUGCUAUAAUGGAAAUUAUUCUUUAUUAAAUUUGUAUACCGCCCUUCAUCUGAAGAUCCAUAGUGAAACAUUUGGAUUAUGUUACAUUUGGUGAGAAACAAUGAAACAGAGAACCAAACGCAAUUCAUUGAUGCGGCUUUGUUUGUAGCUUGUUACCACCAUCAUUUUGUAAAGUAGUGAAAAGCGAUAAUUGACAAAGAAGUCAUUCAUCUUCUGUGAUAUAAGGAGGUGUUGUAACAAUAAAAUGUCCCAUGUCUAGUCUUUUAAGUCGUAAUCUUUAGUAAAAUGGAGAAAUGAUUAUCUUUUACGAGAGAACGUGUGUGGUUGUUUUUUUAAAAAAUUCUUCCAUCUGUUUGAAAGGAAUGGGAAGCUCUGCUUUGAAUGCAAUGAACAUACUAAUGAUUUUGGAAAAACUAAAAGGAAUUCAACCUCUGGAAUCGCAAAAAGACAUGAUCAACUGGGUAUUACAGGUAAAAAAGCCCCCCCCCCAAUGUCCCAUGUUAAUUUUUUUUAAAAAGAACUUGACACAUUUACUCUACAGAAUGUUGCUGGUGCAUAAUCUCUUUAAAAGAUAGCAUAUACAGAUAAUGUUUAAUGUUGUUGCUAUCAUUGUUUGUUGCAGAAAACUCAUAAUGAAUUAAUUCUUGUUUAUUCAUGUGAUAGAACUGGCUGGUGGGAGGGGGAUUUUAACAAAAGUUAGCUUAGUGGAAUAAGACAGUAUCUCUGUUCUGGUUCAAAUGAGAUAUGCAACAGUUGCUACUGAAAUGUUGCUCUUUAUUGGCUUUUCCAAAGUCUAUAUGAAACUAACGAUCUGUUCCUCGUGUAAAGGAUUGUGUGACAAAACAUGAUCCCCUGUAAAUACAGCAGAUUUGAGAUGACCGGGUUUCUGCUUUGCCACAACCAUGGACUACUAUGAAUGUUUCAUUGCUGAUAUUUAAAGUCCUUAAUGACUUAUAAUCAGGAUACUCAGUAGACCGCCUCUCCCAAUCUUUAGGAUCUUCCGAGAAGACUCUACUGGUUGCUCCACAACCAGCGACUGUCACUUGGUAGGAAUGCAGAAAUGGGCCUUCUUGGUGAUAGCACGCAGCCUCCAGAAUGUGCUCCCUUGGAUAAUUUAUGAGGCAGUGUUUGUAAUAACUUUUAAGUGUCUCAUAAGCUUACAUAUUUGUAAGCAGGUGGCACUGUGGUUUAAACCACUGAGCCUCUUGGGCUUGCCAAUCAGAAGGUUGGUGGUUCGAAUCCCCCUGAUGGGGUGAGCUCCUAUUGCUCUGUCCCAGCUCCUGCCAGCCUAGCAGUUUGAAAGCAUACCAGUGCAAGUAGAUAAAUAGGUACCACUGUGGAGGUAAACGAUGUUUCCGUGCGCUCUGGCUUCUGUCACGGUGUCCUGUUGCGCCAGAAGCAGUUCAGUCAUGCUGGCCACAUGACCCGGAAAGCUGUCUGUGGACUAACGCCUGCUCCCUUGGCCUGAAGUGAGAUGAUCACCGCAACCCCAUAGUCGCCUUUGAUUGGACUUAACCAUCCAGGGGUCCUUUACCAUUACCUUUACGUACAUAUUUACCAAAGCUUUCCUGGACUGUGACUCUUAUUUUUUAAUUUUUUUGUUUUAUGUACUGCUUAGUUUUAUUUGUGACAUACUGUUUUGUUUUGUUUUCAGGACAUUUUAAUGCACAUUGCAUUUUUCUUGUUUUUAUGUAAAUGCUUUAGAUUUUUUUAAUUAUAUAAGCAGUAUACAUUAAUAAUAAAUACCACAAGCAAGACAUUUUUGAAUAGCCUAUGCAAAAAAGUACAUAAUUGCUAAAGCCAUUUUAUAACUGUAUACUUUUUUGUACACUGAGCAGCUCCAUUUGUACACACCAUUAUUACCUGUAGUCUUUGUAGAGACUAAAUAGAGAAAAGUGAAUAAAGGUAUUAAUUUCCAAAUAUAAAGAUAGUAACAAAUGGUAUUGAUUGUGUUUAAUACUGGUGCUGCUGCUAAUGGGGUAGAUCUUGUCCAGCAUGCUUUCUUUCAUGGGGCAAACCAUAAUGUGGCUUGGAAAUAUAGAAAUAUCACAGUCUAUUAGUAUUGUAACUAUUAAAUCUCUAUUCCCAGAUGUUUGACACAAUAAAACGGCUGAGAGAGAAGUCAUCUUUUCCCACAGCAGCCAUUGCAUCUGGGCCAGAAUCUGCAAAAGCCAACGAGGUAACUAUAAAAUAGGAAAGAAAUAAUGUAUUCACAAGAAGAUUUGGCUGUUUCUACAUUCAGAAUUCUAGCCCCUGGGUUCACAGCUCCAUGCAUUUAAAAGCAAGGCUAAAUAUUCCAUUCUGGUUAACAAAAUUAUAUAUUUUACAAGUGGGAACUGAUUUGGAAUGGCGAACUUCCUGACUCCUUGAUUUUUUUUCUUCCCCCAAUAUUCCUUGCUGGCAGAACCCUCGUAACCAAUCUCUCUGGAGGCUAUUCUCUCUAGGAAGCUGUUCCUAGUGCUCCCAGCCACAUCUCCGUUGUACGUGAAGUUGUAAUUUCACUUGCCCUGAGAAUCUUUAGACACUGGAACUUGAGGUUUAAGAUGAAGGGCAGCAUUAUUAUGCCUGUGUCUAAAACCUGUUAUUAGCCCUGUACAGCAUUGCACUGAUAAGAAAUUCUCAUUACCUUUUGGGGACAGAGUCUGUUCACAGGUUAGCUGUGAGAGGCUUGGGAUAUGGAGGUGGAGCUGUGUCACAUUAUUUUUUGUUAAGCAGAGUUUCACAAGUGCUAAGCAAACGCCAUUGUUAUAUUAUUGAAAAGUGAUUCUAUUUUAAAGAUUUAUUCCAGUUAUCUUUUUUGUUAACAAAUAGCUUGCCUGGGUGUUUUUGUUUGUUUGUUUUUUGCUUUGCCGCUAAAUAAGAUGCAAAGAACUCAGGACAAGGAAAAGGCUGAGAGGAAGAGAAAGGCCGAAGCAGCCAGACUUCAUCGCCAGAAGAUCAUGGCCCAGAUGUCUGCUUUGCAGAAGAACUUCAUUGAAACUCACAAGCUCUUAUAUGAAAAUACUCAAGAAACACAGGGAAGGGAUGUUAUGGAAGAGGAGAGGUAGGAAAAUAACAAUUAGUAAUAGAUUUUGGAGUAGCUUUUGAUAAUAUAAAAUAGUACAAAAUUAGGAGUCAUUGGACAGUUUUAUUGGCUCUCGUGGUGUUGGGAUAUAAUCAACAUCUAUUCAGCAUGUGGCUAAAUAUUGGUUGCAGUCCUGUUUUUCUGUGGAGGGUGAAGUAAAACUACAGUAUUAAUGUAUAAAUUUUAAAUCAUAUGUGAUUUUAUUUAAAUGUAAAUCGCAAAUAAUUGUUUGCUGACAGGAAUAUGUUAGUUUGACUUUUGUUGUGUCUUUAUAACAGCCCACCAAUUAUAGAUUAUACCAGAAUUGCCUUGGGACCCAAGCAAGGGCCAUCUGUUGCAGAAAAGGAAGUGCUGACAUGUAUUCUGUGUCAGGAAGAGCAGGAAGUGAGGUUAGAGUGUGCUGCCAUGGUUUUAUCUGCCUGUGUCCAGAGAUCCACUGCCUUAACCCAACAUAGAGGGAAAAUGCUUGAACUUUCUGGGGGUAUGUAUCCUGUCUUCAAGUCACCUGCUUGCAUAAGCAGUAAUAUUGCUUCAGGUUUCAUUUUGUUAGCUCAAGUUACAGAACUGAAAGUCGUGUUACGAAACAUUGAUGUGAAUAGUUUUAGAAGCCAUCUCAAAUGCAGUUGAGAAAUCAACCGUUUUAUCCCUUCUAAUUGAAAGAAAAAUUGCCCAAACCUGAACUAUAUUGAAUGUAUGAGCAAAGCUCAAAAUCUCAUUUGAUGGUCCUUUUUUUAGUUGGUGUUAAUAAAGAAGGUCAAGAAUUAUUUUUUCAGUGUGUACUGUAUAAGAUGUACAAGAUUUAAAAGAUGCUUCUCUGGCAGAAUUUUUGCUUGAAUAGUUCUUUGCAAAAUCUUUCAUUUGGCACUAAAUGAUAUAAUCAUCCUUCAUAUCAUUUUUUCUUCAAUAGAUAAAAUAGAUCCUCUUUUCAUGGAUCCUGACUUGUCAUGUGGAACUCAUACAGGAAGUUGUGGUCAUGUGAUGCAUGCUGCCUGCUGGCAGAAGUAAGUAGAUACAUUUAGUAAACUUUAUUAUUAUUAUUAUUUUGCUUUAGUUAUAGUCAAUUUUGAAACUAUCUCUUCCAGCAUAUCUCAAGACAUAUUUAAUGUCCAACAGAUUCAAGUAUCUCAGCAAAAUAAAUGAAACCAGGCUAGCAUAAGUGUAAUCAAAAGACAAAUAUGGACAAAAGUAUUGGCUGUUUUGCCUGGGGCUGGGGAGAGUUGUGGUUCAAAAUAUCUGGAGGGCACCAGGCUGGGGAUAUCACAUUAACCUGGAGCUCUUGAAAUUCUGCUUCCAGAACUGCCUAUUGGGGCUUGAUCCUGAGUUCUCUCACUGCACUCUACUUCUUGUUAUCUCCCACAAUACCCCAUAGUUCAUUUACAUGGUACAAAGUUUUGUAUGAUGGGUACAAAGUUCUGAUCAUUGUCCCUCUUUUCGCUUAUGCUCAAAAACAAAGUUCUAACAGUAAGCCAAAUGCGUAACAACAAAGGGUAUCUUAACUCUGCUUUUCCUUGUUCACACUCAACACUAAAGACUUUCUUUUGGUUGUCUGUUUCAAUAUUGCAGGUACUUUGAAGCCAUUCAGUUAAACUCUCGGCAGCGACAUCAUGUCGAACAAGUUUUUGACUUGGAGAAUGGAGAGUACCUCUGCCCACUUUGCAAAUCUCUGUGCAACACUGUGAUACCCAUUCUUCCUUUGCAAACGCACAAGAUAAACAGGUAAGUUUAAACAUUUAAAUAGCCCGUUAAUUAAUUUUGUAUACCGCUCUAUACCUGCAGGUCUCAGGGCAUUUCACAGGAUAAAAUCAAAAUAUAAAAACACAAAAUACAUUAUCAAAAUAAAAACAAAAGGAACCUAAUCACACCCCCACACACCCCCAACACAUUUUUAAAGGCACUGGAUGUCAAUUUUAGUCUGAUAGCAGUUUUCUCGUUGCAUGUAUGGGGAAAAUACAUGACGAUGAUGAAGAUGAUGACGAAUUACAUUUCUAUACCACCCUUCAACUGAGGAUCACAAGGAAGUUUACAAUAUAAAAACACAAAAAUGCAUAGCAUAGUAACAAACAAAAACAGUACCCUCCCCUGCAGUUUAAAAGGCAAUAAAUUGUUUAAAUAGCCAAAGGCCUGUGAGAAGAGGAAUAUUUUUGCCUGGCAUUGUAAUGAAGGCAGCAGGGGAGCCUCCCUGGCAGAGCAUUCCACAAGUGAGGAGCCACCACAGAAAAGGCCCAUUCUGUUAUUUUAUUUACCCAUCAAUUUUGAGUGUCUAGAAGAAGCUUUAUGAAAUGAAGUUAUUCACAUCUGAACCAAAUAACUAAAUAGCUGUUUAAAUUCUCUUAAGACACGAGCAUCUGAGACUGGGCUCCGGGGGUUAUAUUUUUUGCUAUACUUGUGAAAACUACAACUACCUUUUUGUAUUGUCAGUGAGGAUGCCGAGGUGGUGGUUCAGCUUCUAUCUUUGAAAAAAUGGAUAGAGAUUGUUAUGGCCAGGAUAUCUGGUUACAACGAGAAAAACACUGAAGGUCUGUAUAUGUUACACUUAACAUUUUUAAAAUGUUUUUAGGAGGUUGCCAGAUCUUUAUAAAACACUUUAUUUUGCUGUUGGUUAGAGGUACCAUUUUGAGGAUCAUUGCAAUCCUAUUGUCUGCCCUAAAAAUAAGUGAUUGAAAUAUCUUCUAAAGUUGUGCAUCUCUAACAGAGUGUGGAAAGUUAUGAAUGCAAAUUGAAGGGCUUAUAAUUCCAUUGUUUUGUGUUGCUGGAUAGCGCUGAAGUCUGGUGCAGACUUUUAUUGAAUUUUUAUUUAGGUAUAUACUAAUCAUGAAGUCAUUUAAGAUAUAGGCUCCAUUUUUCUUAUAUUAGGUUGGUACCCCCAGCCCCACCUUAAAAUGUUGUGUUCUAUUAGCUUUUUGACUGUUCUGCAAAUGAAGCUCACAGACUUAGACUGAAAAUUGAUAUUCAAAGAUUAAUCCAUUUGCAUAUUAAUAGAGUCAGCUGCACAUAGCACUUACCACUUAAUGACAUCUAAUAGGUUGUUAUGUAAGAAUUAUUAUGUCUUAAUCCAUGGGUAGGCAAACUACAGCCCGGGGGCUGGAUCCGGCCCAACCACCUUCUAAAUCCGGCCCGCGGAUGGUCCAGGAAUCAGCGUGUUUUUACAUGAGUAGAAUGUGUCCUUUUAUUUAAAGUGCAUCUAUGGGUUAUUUGUGGGGCAUAGGAAUUUGUUCAUUCCCCCCCCCCAAAAAAAAAUAAAGUCCGGCCCCCCACAAGGUCUGAGGGAUAGUGGACCAACCCCCUGCUGAAAAAUUUUGCUGACCCCAAUCUAUCAUUCAUGAUCUAAGAAUUUUUACCAUAGUAAGGAUUGCUGCCCCUGCUUGCUCUGCCUGCCAACCCCUUUCCAAACCUCUCCUCCCUUUAUACCUGACCAACUCCCCCUCUCUUUAUACCUCACACAUCUCCUUGCCCAUCCCUGCAUAGCUCACCCCUUUCCUUCUCCUCACAGCUCAUCCCAAGCUCCACUCACUCCAGGCUUGCCCCAGGCCCCUCCCUCUCUCCUCAUGGCUUGUCCCAACAUCCUGCCCCUUUUAAAGGAGGGGAGAGGCACUUCAGAGAGCACUUUGCCAAACCGCACUGUGAAGCGUCGCCUCCCCUCUGUUAAACAGCUUGCCUCGGCUGCCUGCCGCCCUGUCAGCACACAGGGUGGCUACAUGAACUGCACCGUGACAACAGCCUUAUGUUUUUAAGUAUAUAAGAGAAAAUAAAUAAUUUUAUUUCAUUUAGUUGAACUGCAGUCUCACAUGAAUUUAUUUCUCUUUUUAAAAGAAGGAAAACAGAUUGCUCCAUCUUUACGUGACAUAGAAAUGGAAGAGACUUCAUCUGAUUUCCAUUCCAUUCUUAGCUUUGGAGUAGAUCCUUUGUAAGUGUUAAGACUCACAUUUCUACUUUAGACUAAUUUUUUUUUUAAAAAAAAUCUGGAAUCUAUACAGUGGGCAUUAUUUCUGCUUAGGAGAAAAUAAUAUUUUCAUUAAAAUAUCUACAUUCUACAACAUUUAUAUGGGCCAUUAUGAUUAUUAUCUCUGAUCAAGCAAACCUCUGCCGGAGUUUUAUCUAAUUAUUGGUCACCGUUAUCUCAGGAUAUAACUUGGAAAGCUUGUGUUUUUUACCUUAAGGAUAUAAGCACUUAAGAGAAGUCUAUAAUAACAAGCAAAAGCUGAACGAUGAUUUCCUGUUACCGGGAACUGCUGAUUUAAAGAUAAUUAUGAAAUGCAAAUAAAUGCAACUGUGCAAAUAUUCUCAUAAUCAGUUCUUUGAACUUUAUCCAGCCUCACUUAUUCACAAUCUGACAUUCUCCUGGCUUCCUCCACAGAGUUAAGUAUUCUAAUAGUAUCAAGGAGAUGGUGGUUCUAUUUGCCACUGCAAUUUACAGAAUUGGAUUAAAAGUUGCACCCAAUGAAACUGAUCCACGCAUUCCUAUGAUGACUUGGAGCACAUGUGCGUUUACUAUCCAGUGUUUAGGUAAAUCAAAAAUAGAAUUCCUUUCACAAUUGGAUUUCAGCUUUUAUUAUAUUAGACAUGAAAAUAGCCAGGGUUUUAAACUUGAAAAUAUAAGACAGCUACUACAACGCAGUUUCUAAAAUACUGUUAUAGGGCAAAUCCUAUAUAACAUGUACAAAUACUGUACAAAAAUCAGACUUUUACAGUCCCCAUUAUCAAGCUAUCCCAUUUAAAAUUGACAGCAAAAUGCUGGGGUCCCCAAAAUGGCAAAAGGUUGGAAUGCUUUGUUUUAAUUUGAGGAAGUGUUUUCAAGAUCUGCUUCUUGUACUUAUUUGACUAAUGCUAUGGGCAUUUGACUAUUUAACAAGUCACUUCAAAAUCUAUUUUAGUUGGGAAUGCUCAGUUCCCACAGACUGCAAAAUGGCACAGUAGCCUAUAUUUUAUUUGCUCUAGAAUUGAUAUGAACACUGUGUUCAGACUUGGAAGCAAGCAUACAGAUGUGUGUGUGUUCCCUGAAAUAGUAAAAAUUAGAUACUUUCAUUCAAAGACAUUGCUCCAGUUUGUUACCUCUUUCCAUAGAUCAAAUGUUAAUUAAAAUGAACAGUAAGCUAAAAAGAGAUUGAAAGCCAAAACAAGCAGGUUCCUUAACUUACUGGAAAACUGAAAUGCAAAACAUUUUGACAUGACUCACUACCAGCUUUGUUUCUUUUUCAGAGAAUCUUCUGGAAGACGAGGGCAAGCCUUUAUUUGGUUCUCUGCAAAACCGUCAGGUAGGAACAAUAAAGGAUGUAAUUGUUAAGGUAAAGGUAAAGGGACCCCUGACCAUUAGGUCCAGUCAUGGCCGACUCUGGGGUUGCAGCGCUCAUCUGGCUUUAUUGGCCAAGGGAGCCAGCGUACAGCUUCUGGGUCAUGUGGCCAGCAUGACUAAGCCACUUCUGGCGAACCAGAGCAGCACACGGAAACGCCGUUUACCUUCCCGCCAGAGUGGUACCUAUUUAUCUACUUGCACUUUGACGUGCUUUCGAACUGCUAGGUGGGCAGGAGCUGGGACCGAGCAACGGGAGCUCACCCCGUCGCGGGGAUUCAAACCACCGACCUUCUGAUCGGCAAGUCCUAGGCUCUGUGGUUUAACUCACAGUGCCACCCACGUCCCACAUCAGUUAUUUAUUUAAUGGAUUUAUUUAUUGACUUUAUAUACUGACCCAUACCCAGAGGUCUCAGUGUCGUUCACAGAAAAGAUCACAAUAUAUAAAAUCAGAGCAAGAACAAUAACCCAAUAACAUGCCCCCCCCCCCAAGAGCCACAUUUUAAAAGGGUAUAGGAUGUCCAUCAGGUCAACCAAAGGCCUGGUUAAAAAGGAACGUUUUUGCGUGGUGCCUAAAGAUGUACAAUGCAGGCGCCAGGCGAACUUCCCUGGGGAGAGCAUUCCACAGACACGGAGCCACUGCAGAGAAGGCCCUGUUCUCGUGUUGCCAUGAGGUAAGGUCCUAAUGUGCCGCUAUAGGUAGACUAUUGAGCACAGCAACUACAUUUAUUACACUUCUUUCAUAAACUAGUUAUUCACAUAACACGCUUCCAAAUGUAGGGGUGGUGCAGGGUAGGACUUGCGUUUAAUGAGUGUGUUUUAUAGAAAUAUAGAAAUACUUUAUUACCACUGUACCACAAGUAGAAAGUUCAGACAAAAAAAUUAAGGAAUACUUCGGUUCCAGUGCUGGGGAACCUAUGAUUGGCAUCCAGUGGUAUCCUUCUGGCACAGUGGACUUUGGCUUGUGCAGUAGGAUUUCCCCUUCCUCUCAAAUGCUGCCUUAACCACAUGGAGCAGGUUUUUGGGGGUUGCUCAGGGGGUUCAGGAAAGGAGAGAAAGGGGGACUUCCUUGCAUUUGCUCGCUUGACAUUGGAUAUUGCCUGAUGUAUUGUCUUAUUCGUGUGCUCAGCAAGGCUUUGAACUUUGAUUAUCUCAAGUCAACAGUCGGCCUAGCGACACAAUUAAACAAAACAAGUAAGUUUGAAAACUCUGGGCUAAGGAUUCUGUUCCAGAGGAUUGGCGAGGGCGGGGUGUGUGUGUGUGUGGAGAUCAGGUAUAUGUAACCACUGGACCAUUGCUUAAGUAGUUGCUCAGGCUAUGUCAUAUAUAAUUUUCCAUCUGACAUUUGUUUUGGCAUUUGUUAAUUGCUAUGCAGGAGUUUGCAAUCCAAAUGCCAUCUUCUUUACUUGCCUUUUUCCUCCCUUUCUGCCUGUAAGGAGCCCAGGUCCUGGCUGCUAUCUCCAGCCACUAGAACCCAAAUAUUUUUAGAGAAUAGGGAUGGGAAGCAUAGCCCUCGUCUAACCAAACCUUUCUCCUUUAUCUCCUCACCCUCUAGCACAGUGGUCUUAAAGCAUUGCUGCAGUUUGCAGUUGCUCAGAGGAUUACAUUGCCACAAAGCCUGAUCCAGCAACAUCUUGUACGUCUCCUAGGAGGUAACAUGGUGUUUUUUACCCCCAUUAUAAGUUUUGGAAAUAAGUAAAGUCUUCUUGGAAAGAUUCCUUCUCUAAAACAGUAAAAUAUUUUUCAGAUAAGAGGCAUAAGCUUUUAUGGGUUUUUAUUUUUCGUCUAGUAAGCUUGAAGAAACAAGAAUUGACAAAGGGGGGAGCAGGGAAUCUCACAUCAUUACAAACCCUUUCUUUGCAAUCUGUUUUACUGAAAGCAGACAGUCAGAAUUUCCAUAUAAUAUAUAUUUUGCUCUUGUAGUUCUUCUGCCCAGUUUAAAAGUGGAAGACACACCAUCCCUUCUAGACGUGGAUCUGUUUCAUGUUUUGGUAAGUGUGUGUAGACUUCUCUUGGCAAUGAUGCUCUUAAAAGUUUGAGAUUGUGUGCAGAUAUUAGUUCCAUGGCUUGUACAGUCUGGAGUCAUGUCUGUAACAGUUCCUGGGGGGUGGGCAGUCCUUUGUGGGAAUUACCUUGAGAGUGCCUUUGAUUCAUUUUGGAUUUGACUUGUGUUUGUUUCCUAAGCCUUAUGUAAAAAAUGCCCCUGCAAAUGGACAGUUUAAUUUGUGAUGAGUGCCAGGCCUAUCAGUGUCUUAUUUCCUUUUUAGGUUGGUGCUGUGUUAUCAUUUCCGUCUUUGUAUUGGGAGGAUACUGUAGACUUACAACCUUCAUCGAUCAGCUCUGCCUGUAACAAUCUCUACCUCUUCCACUUGGUCACUAUGGCACACAUAACCCAAAUUAUUCUCACUACAACUACAGGUGAUGGUAUCUUUUGUGUUUAGGUUUUUCUAGAUAACAUAAUAAAGUACUUUUAGAUGUUUCGGCAGGAGGCUUUUAUGCCUUCCAGUUCUCAAAAAUAGUUCCAUAUAUUUGUAUGGUAGAGUGUUCACCUGCUGACAUUCUAGGACCUAAGUGGCAAGGAAAAAGAUCUGCUGACAGUAGAGAUUUCCUUCAUGGGUCUUAAAAUUAUCCCUUGCCUCCAUCCAGCUAUGAAAUCCAAGCAUGGUUGCAGACACCUAACCCUUUCCUACGUCUAACAACUGUGUGGAGCAUAUAGGUGCUAUCCCUGAACUGAUGAUUUGUGUCUUUGCAAACAAAUCAGGCCCAUAAGCCAAAAACAAACCUUGGUUAUAGCUCUUGGCUUGUUUGGAGAGACACAAACCAUGAGCCUGGAUUUUAAUAUAAUGCUAAGCUAAACCUAGCAGCAUGGCAGGAGUGAUGGAGGCGCAAACCAGCCACAAGUUUUGCUCCAUGCUGUAGCAUGCUGCAUGAUUAUCUUGAAACCACAGUUUAACUUAACCAUGUUAUAAAGGGAUGUGUGAACCAGACCACUGGCUCCUGGUUUACAACAUAUCUGGUUAGAGCAGUUACUGUGUUCAUUGGCUAGGGCAGCUGUAUAAGGAUGUCAACAACUUGCUGGAAACUCCCAUACUGGUUAACUUCAUGCUGAACUACAGCUUUUGAUUUCCCACCUGUCAUUGCACAUGCUUAUAUUAAUGCUUUUAAAGUUCCUCUUUUUAUACGGAACUUUUCCUCUUCUUCAUUGUCUUGAGUUUAACCAUUGUGAUUUAGAAGACUGGGUCUUAUAUCUCCAAAACUCCACUUGCUUGGUUCCAUAAUUUUAACUGGGUAUCUCUGGUAAAGUAGUGAUUAAAUAAAGGGCCUGAAAAGAGACAGCAUGAAAGCUACUUCAUCUACCUACUUUUGUGUGUUAUUUGUCAGCAAGCCGAAUGUGAAGUUGGUAAGCAUGUUGUUCCAACAAAAUCAGCCCAUGUCUACACCGCUGUUUCACGCUAGUCAACAGCAUCAGGACAUCUGCCCCAGCAAUAUUAUCAAGGUGGUGACUACAAGUUCCAGCCUGCCUUUUGAUUUGCAUAGAUGUCUUCUGGACUUUAAGGUUAAUUUCCCCCCCCUAGCCUGGCAUUGUGGAGUUGAGGCAAAUUAUAGUCCACUUCUAUGCUCGUCCUGGAUUUAGAAGUGACUUGGGACAUGCUGUUUCUCCCAUGCACGUUGCUGGCAUUACAUAAAUAAGUAAAUAUUAAUGUAAAAAGAGUGGAUCGUUAUAAAAGAGAAAAAGUACCCGAAAAUUUGUAAAUACUAUUAAGGGAAAAGACCAAAUAUAUUUAAAAUUAUUUUUUGCACAGAGUGCCUGUCUGCACAAGUACAGCAUGACAGUGAGGAAGCACGAGCAGCUGAUUCUUUCUGUAAAGAAAUUUGCAGGUACACAAGUGGGUAAGUAGCUUCUCUGCAAAGUUUUGAUGGAUAAGGAGUGCAUUGUGUUGAAUCCCGCUCCUUUAUUAGGACAAACAAAAUGUCACAAAAUAGUGUGCUAGCUUUAUGGUUCUCUAGAACUCUUCACUAGGGUAGAUGGUAAACAAAGCUGAGGAGGGGAGUUUAAAAUGUGGCUGGCUGUAAAACAAUAGAGUCUGCAUCUGGUCAGAGUCUUAAGAUGGAAUAUGGGAGGGAAGUAUCAAGUAUUCCAGUGAGGUUGUGAGAGGUGCUGUGCAGGUUUGAAGUUGCACCUAAGGCUUCUGGAAGACGGAAUACAUUCACCACCAGCCAAGUAUCCCACUCCCAUCCCCAAACCUUGCUUUGUUUGUAAUCUAGACCAGCUUUUCUCAACUUCAGGUGCCUAGAUGUUGUUGGACCAUCAUUCCUAGCCAGCACAGCCAGUGGUCAUGAGUUGUAGUUGUAGUUUUAGCCUGAUGAAGUGUCAUGGAGAAUUCAAAAGCUUGCACACAUUUUGUAAUGUUUUUCAUUGACUUAAUAAAAGUAUUGCCCUAAUACAAUUUGGGUUUUCUUUCUUUCUUAUGGACUAGCAUUGCUACCUUACUGUACUGAUGUUUCACAUUCCCCAGGAAAGAAGGGAGAAAGGUUGAUUAUCAAAUCAGGAUCUGACAUAGUUGUAAUACUAUGUGCAAAGUUCCUGUAACAGUUUUUUACUUCUACAUUUUAAAAAAACUGCCUUCAAGCUCUUGGGCAGGGGUAAAGAAACCUUUCUGGCAAGAGGACCUGAUCUUUACCUUCCCCACCUCUGAUGGGCCAAAGUUGACAGGCAGUCUGGGCCACUCACCUGUCAGUUACCUGACUGUCGAACUUCAAAGUGAACCGCAGGUUUUCAAACAGCGCAUUGUAAACAUCAUUGAGCAGGGAUAUUUACAAAUGGCUUUCAGAACACAAUCCCAUUUCUUCUUCAAACCACAGAGGUUUGAAGAAGAAGUGGGGAGGAUUAGAGGUGUGCUGUCCCCUGCCCAUCAGUUGAGAUAUUUUUGUAAUCCCUUCUCUGCAAAGCAUCCAUGUGUGUAUAUAUACAUUUGUGUGUGAGGGAGAUAUUGGUAUUUUAUUAAAAAGCAGCUUAACAAGUAUCUCUCUUUCAGUGAGUGAACUUUUUAAUCUUUACCAUUAAACCAUUUGUAUUUAAACAGUCAGGAAUUUAUAUCAUGUUUCAAAACCUGACCCAUGGCAGGACCUUCUUGGUGGUGGCUCUCCAUUUGUGGAAUUUGUGGUUUUCCCUCCCUGGUGAGGUGUGUCUGUCUCCUUCAUUAGUAACAUUCAGAGGGGAUUUUAAAAUAUUCCAGGCAAUUGAUAGCUGAAAGAUGCUUGCCUGGCAACCCUGAAAACAUUAAGUUAGGAAGAAUAUGUGACUCUUUUUCUAUGUUUUUAGAUGUACUUAAUGUUUUUCACUUUGUUUUUUAAUUGUAUUGUUUUUCUGCUUAGUUGCCACCCUGCACUCCUUUGGGAGGAAGUGCGGGAUAGAAUUUUAAUGAAUAAAUUAAAUGUUGUUGACAACCUAAGAUACUAAAUACACAUAUUCAAAUCUUUAUUGCAGUUGCUAUAGCCAAACAGUUGCAGGCUGGUAUUUGUGGGAUUGCAUUAAAAGGGGCAUCAUGCCCUACCUCCGUUGUGCUGCUUUGUUUUUCCACUAUUUGCUGGGAGUGCCUCCACCAGAAGAACUUUCAUCAGGUAAGUAGCAGAGCAUGGGAAUCUCAGCAUGCCAAGGUAACGCCAGAUUAAAAAUGUGCUGAACAGUAUCAACCACUACAAAAUGGUUUUCAGAAAGUUCUUUUGAUACAUAUUGAAAAAUCCUUCUCCAUAAAUAAUCUCUAGUUUAACAUUGCUCACCGGGGCAAGACUGUUUGAGCAUACAACACUAAUCCUGACUGCCACUCAGUUUCCAGGCCCAAUUCAAAGGGUUGGUGUUGACCUAUAAAGCCUUAAAUGCUCUGGACUGCCAUACCUUUAACCCCAGUGGUACAAGAUUGUCCUGGCCACACUCCCACUGCCUCUCUCAUACGAAGUGCUUUCUUCCCAGACCUUCAGUCUAAAUCUGCUCUUCCAUAACGGGCACAUCAGCACUAAGAAAUUCACACCCGACAAAGAGUAGGGGGUACCCCCAAAAUAAUUUGCUCCCACAGAGGCAGCUGUAGUCUUCCUUAACAUGGGGAGGUUACAAUUUGUGCAUUCACAACAACGGUUCACAUUGACUUACGGAGAAAAAUAACUGACAGAUUUCAAUGUGACUACGUACAUUCCCUCCACAGCAGCAAGAGUCUUAUCCAAAGUAGUUCCUGGCUGUCAUUCCAAACUGGCUAUUGUCUUCAUCUGAUAUAUUUUUACUUUAUAAAUCUGCACCGAGUAUUCACUUUUAACAGAAAAAAGGGGUUUUUUUAUGUUAGUUGCUGCACUUGAAGGUACGUCUAACAUCUUUUUCCUUUGCAGUUUCAGAAGAAGGCCAAUUCAAGGCACUUUGUGGAUACUUGUCUCUACCCACCAAUCUGUUCUUGCUUUUCCAAGAAUAUUGGGAUACUAUAGAGCCCUUGCUCCAGAGGUAUGACUGCUGCUGGGAGAAAAAUAUGCGUGUUUUUUCAGGUUCUCACAUAGAGCAUAUGAUUGUCCCAACAUCCAGAAACUGUUGGCUGGGUGAGAAAGAGUGGGCUGGGAACCGCAGAGUGCAGUGGAAUUGAGACUGUCUAGUCUAGCCUUUGUCAACUUGGUGCCCUCUGGAUAUUUUGGACUACAAUUCCCACCAGUCUUGGCCCUCACAGUUGGCUAGGGGUGGUGGGAGUUAUAGUUCAGGAUGUCCAGUGGGGAACCAGGUUGGCAAAGGCUGCUCUAAUCUAACCCCCUGCCUCAAAGUGGGAUCAUUUAGCCACCAUCAUUGCACAACUUAGGCCACUGUGUGUUGUGACCAUAGGUAAGCCAUAUGAAGCUGUCUGUUGAUCCAGAAGACUUGGAACAAGUUUGCAAAGUUGCACUGGGGUAAAAGGACAGACCCAGAAAUGUGAUGGAGAUGGGCUGUGAGGAUACAGAGUGUGUUGAUGUGUCUUUCUGGGUAGAACAGGCAUAACCUAAAUACAGGCAGCCCAACAUAUUUCAGCUUAACUGUGUUAAAUAUUAGUUAUUAUAUUAUAUUGUAUUGUAUUGUAUUUAUUAUAUUAUAUUAUAUUAUAUUAUAUUAUAUUAUAUUAUAGCAAAACGUAGUUUUCUAAAAAUUAAGUGCCUGGUUCUCAUUUGUUAUCUGAGCACCUUUGUAUCAAGGGAGAUGGUUCUGCCUUUGUUUAUGGCCUUAGGAAAAGCAAACACCUUUUGGGGGUUGCUGGCCAGUCAUACCGACCCAAAAUCUUUGUGGGCAUCCAGUGUGCCAAACUGAAAAUCAAAGUUGAAAUAUAUAAGAAAAUAAAAAAAAAUUGUCCAGUAGCACCUUAGAGACCAACUAAGUUUGUUCUUGGUAUAAGCUUUUGUGUGCAUGCACACUUCUAAUCUGUGACAGGAUUUAUUCACCACUUCAGGGCAGGAGAGGGAAUGAUUCCAGUUAUGAGUAAGAGUAGCAAAACACCAAUUUAACUGGUAGUUUUGGGGACCAAGCUAGCGAUGGACAGUACUACAAUAUAUUAUUGUCCUGAUGGAGAAUUUCACAUGCAGGUGGUGUGCGGCUCCAGCUGUACUCAGCUUUCUGAAGGGGAAAAGUAUUGGAAUAAGGUCAGUUUUACUUCUUCUGUUUUCCUGAAACAGCAGUCUUGGUUGCAUUUUAAUAUUUAGCAGUGUGUUUUCAUCAGUGCCCCUUGCCCCUUUGCUUUUAGAUAUAUUGCUCCCCCAAACGUCUGCUCUUGGGUAAAUACAGAAAUGUCAGGAGAGUAGAUAACCAAACUCCCACAAUAUUUCUGUUCUGAUAAGAACAGUAGUGCACAUGGCGCCAGCUACAUUGUGUGGAGAAGGUGGGUGAUCAGGACAGCCUUUCACACCACCUUCCUUGCCCAGCAGCUGCACAACAUCCCUGCAGUGCUGCCAGUUGGUUCUUGUUAUCUGGUAGUUGCUGCCACCACCCUGUUUUUAAGUCGUGUACAGCCCUAGAAACAAGGGGGAAACGCGGAACACCCAGUGAACUUAAAGCUUGCACCAGUAUGCCUUGUGCCUCCAGCCAAUUUCUUGCAGUUACGCAGAGCGUAAUGCCUGCUUUCUAGCCUUCUGUUUCUCCUUGGGAAUAUGGCAAAUUCCUGGCUUUACCACUCUGGCCCUAGACAUCUAAUAGCAUGUGACCCAAAGUGAUCUAGGCACGUGGCAGUCACACACUGAUCUGACCAGCCCAAUUGUGAAACUUUUAUUAGAAAUAAAGGCGAAAGCAAGCAACAGGUCAAACAGAACACACAGUGAACCAGAGUGCUAAUCCUAGCUUGUCCUCUGCAAUAUACCGUAUUUUUCGCUCUAUAGGACGCACUUUUUCCCCUCCAAAAAUGAAGGGGAAAUGUGUGUGCAUCCUAUGAAGCGAAUGCAGGCUCCUUGGCUUCGCGGCGACGCGCCUGUCCUGGAAGCCGGAGGAGGAACAGAAGGGUCUCCUUCUGUUCCUCCUCCCGCUUGGCAGCGACGUGCCUGUCCAGCGAAGCCCGAGGAGGAACAGAAGGGUCUCCUUCUGUUCCUCCUCCCGCUUGGCAGCGACGCGCCUGUCCAGCGAAGCCCGAGGAGGAACAGAAGGGUCUCCUUCUGUUCCUUCUCCAGCUUCGCUGAAGGGCGCUGCGCCUUCUCCCUCUCUGCGCAGCGCCUCUCCUGUGAAAGGAGGGGCGCUGCACAGAGAGAGAGAAGGCGCAGUGCCCCUUCAGCGACGCACCUGUCCUGGCUUCUGCUUUAGCCCUGCGCAGCCUCUUUGGGCAGGGGGAGCCUUCAUCCCGCUGCCCUGAAGAGGCUUGGCGCAGUUACCCCAGAAGCCAGAACAGCCACACGGUAUCCCAGAAGCCAGAUCCCUCUUGCUGUUCUGGCUUCUGGGGUUCAGAAUAAUUUUUUCUUGUUUUCCGCCUCCCAAAACUAGGUGCACCCUAUGGUCCGGUGCGCCCUAUGGUGCGAAAAAUACGGUAAUUUCCCUAGACUGCUUACUCAUAGGCUGAAUUCCGUAUAGCAAGGUUCUGAUGUAUAACUAUCACUUGCAAGCUCCUACUGCAGAGAUCAUAGCUGUCUUUGUGUCAUCAGCCUUUGCAAAUUUUGGAUGAAAUGUGAACGUUUUAAAGUUCAGCAGAAGAGUACUUGGUUUCUUUGAUGUGCUUUUGUAUCCUGGAGUAUCGUAAUUCUUCUUACUUGACUUAACUAGGUACCCAAGAAAAAGAAAUAAAUUGGUAGAGCUUCCAGAAGACUACAGUUGCCUUCUCAAUAAAGGCUCUCAGUUUAGGUGAGAAUUAGAAGUUUCUUUUGUGACUUUUUACAGAUUUGUUCUUCAUAAAACUGCGUUCUGUCUAAGCGAUCAAGAUAUGUUGCAUAAUUGUGCCAAGAGAAUAAUUUUAAGGUAGACACAGUGCUUUUUUUCUGGGUGGGUGCAGGGAUACGUAUACCCCUAAACAUUUUGUAAAUCUAAGUUUGGCCUCAUUGAUAAUAAUAAUAAUAAUAAUUUAUUAUUUGUACCCUGCCCAUCUGGCUGGGUUUCCCCAGCCACUCUGGGUGGCUUCCACAAAUACCACAAAUACACUAAUAAUUGAGGGGCAGUAUUUCAAUAUAAGUAGGAAAACAAGAGUACCCCUAAACAUUUUUUUAGAAAACAAGCACUGGGUAGACAUAUAUAGCCUUUUUUAAAAAAAUUGGAAAAGCAGCACAAUUUGAUUGUGCAAAUGGCAUUGCAAAAAAAAUUAAAAGUUGUAAAUGGACUUUGUUCAAAUAUCAGGUUCCCCCCUUGCAGUUUAAGUUUAUAAAAGCUAAAGUGGUCUUUAAAUUUUGUAUAUAUGGAGAAAUUUGUCUGAAAUUGUGUAUAAAACCAAUGGUUUGGAAGCACUGAUUCCUUUUAGCUGUAUAUUAUACAAUUUUCAUUUUAGGAUAAGGAGAUAUUAUUACCACUGGAGUAGUAACAGGUCAUACUGACUAAUAAAAUGGUUAAACUUGUGCAAUAUUGUUAUUUUAUCAUGUUCAGAAUUUGCAAAGUGCAUUGGAAAUCUCGCUUGCCCAUCACAACAUUUCUGAAGUGAAUUAUUUAUUUUAUUUAAAAUAAUUUAUAAGCCCCUUAAUAUAUUUAAAAUCUCUAGGUGGUGUACAGUGUAAAAACAAUAAACAAUAUGAUUACAACUUCCAUUCCCAUUGGGCUCAGACAUUAGAACGAUAUAUGGUUUUGCAUUCCAUCUGAACCUAAGCCACGCCUCCUCAGUCUUGCAUUCAAAACCCUGGAAGUAACUUUGAAGCAUAAAAUUCUAUUUUAAUUUGAAUGGCAUGCUAGUUUCAGAAUUAUUCUAGCUAUUUUUUCUGUACAUCAGCUGGUGUACAUCUGGAGGCAUCCCAUUAGAAAAAAGGAUAUUUUAUCAUCAAGUUUCUAAAGAAGGCCUGAUAAAAUGAAAGUUAGCAAUGAAACAGGUUUUUGUUCACAAGCCAUCUUGGCAAAUAAUGUCCUUGUCACGUUUUUGUUCUCUAAUCUCCCUCUUGGUUCCAAAUGUCAUUCUCCAGUUAACUUUACCUUUCCAGAUGCCCUCGAUCCUCUGAUGAUGAAACCAAGCACCCCGUGUUGUGCUUGUUCUGUGGGGCUAUGCUAUGCUCUGAAAAUACCUGCUGUCAGGAGCUGGUGAAUGGGGAGGAGCUGGGAGCCUGCACUUCACAUGCUGUCCACUGUGGGGCUGGAGUGUGCAUUUUUCUCAAGUAGGUAACAGAGUAGAGUGUAAAGCCCAUUGAAAUUAAUCGGAAGGAUGGGGUGUUGAUGUGCCAAAUGCCACGCUGAUUUUUCUUUUAGACUAUUACAAGAACAUUACAGUCGUACCUUGGUUGUCGAACUUAAUCUGUUCGGGGAACCGUUCAAAAACCAAGGCACGGCUUCUGGUGGGCUGCAGGAGCUUCCUGCACUCAAUCAGAAGUUGUGGAAGCUGUGUCGUUGGCUUCCAAAGAACGUUCAAAAACCGAAACACUUAUGUCCAGGUUUUCGGCAUUCGGGAGCCAAAACGUACAAGUACCAAGGCGUUCGACAACCAAGGUAGAUUGUACUUAGAUAGGAAGAGAUGAACAUUGGUUUUAGCUUGUUUAUUUCCCAUAAUACAAUUUAAAAUACUAGAGCUUGUGAUACUUGGGAAUUUCUUUAUCUUUAGGAUCGGAUCAUCUUAACCUAAAUCAUAAAAUGGGACUGACUACAGAGGUCUCGUGUUUCUUUUUAAUUCCUUACACUAUAGCCCAGAGCUGCUCAUUAAGGGCAGAAAUGUUUUUUGUGCUAUAAUUAUCCAUAUAGUACCCUGAUCUGGUCAUAGUAACUCAGCAUUCUACCGUUCACACAUUUGAAUUCAGGGAAUUGAGUAGUUUGUUCAUUUUCUCACCUUCCCGGAAAGUCUGCAUACAAAAGGAUAUUGGAAAUUGUUGUUAUCUGUCUCAUGAUACAGUAGAGGAUACAGUGGGGGAGUGCGCCUUUGGGGGUGAAGUAAAGCGUUUGGAAGGUUGCAGUGCCUGUUGUGUCUGUAGAGACUGAUGCAGGAGAGACAUGUUUUGUUGCAGCUGGGGCAAAUUAAAGUGUCUGUGCUGCUGCAGAUGCACCAUGGCGUUUCUUCUCUCUGCGUUCAUACCAGCGGUCAUUCCUCCUCUGGUCACUGCCAAGGAUACUGCUAUGUUGGAAAUAUUAGGCUUUAAAUAGGCAACACUAUUUACUGUGUUUACUUAUUCUUCAAAGUGAAUGGUGUACUGAGACCACUGCCAUCUUGGGGACUUUCUCUUUAACAUAACUGUUUCUUUUUUAGAAUCAGGGACUGCAAAGUUAUCUUAAUAGGAGGGAAAACCAGAGGCUCUUUCUAUCCUGCACCAUAUCUAGAUGAAUAUGGAGAAACAGACCCAAAUCUGGCGUAAGUAGAUGCUUUGCUCUGUUGCCUAGGAAAUUUCACUUUGCUGCUUUUUAUGUUAUCUUAUUAUGCUUUUUCACUACAAUUAUCUGAUGCCAAAAAUCUGGCAAAUAGCCUUCUCUUGGUGUUUUAAAGUAACUGUUUGGAUGCCUUCUGACUGUUCUUAUCCUUUUCAACAUAAACGUGCAUUUACAAUGCCAGUAACUUGUUGUUUGACUGCUUAACAACAGAGGCUUUUGUUGCUAGCAAAAGUUCUUUGGUGAGACUGGUGGCUAGCCAUAAAUGCAUUUCUUUGCGAGUUAACUGUGAUUAUUCCCUGUUAGUAGCUAGCAUGUUGUACAUACACCAACCUAAAUACGUCAGAAUAAAGCAAAGUUAAAAGUACUUGCCACUUACAGUUUUCUCAAACCCUAAUGUGUAUAUUCUUCUUGUUUCUCUUCCAAAGGCGAGGCAAUCCUCUGCAUUUGUGUCAUGAAAGGUACAGGAAACUCCACUUGCUCUGGCAGCAACACUGCAUCAUAGAAGAGAUUGCCCGAAGCCAGGAAACUAAUCAGAUCUUCUUUGGAUUCAACUGGCACCUGCUCUGAGUGUCAGACUCUUCUAGCUUACUAUGACUGAGUCUCUUUAAAAUUUACACAUGAAAUAAUAAGAUGCUUAUUUUAAGGAGAAAUCCCUAGCCCACUAAACUAAACAGUUUUUGGUGGGUGAACUUUGCUUAGAGAAAUAUGCAUGCACACAACCUCUCAGUGUGAUUAUUGAUUGAUCAGAACCAGAAAUUGCUGGGUUCUGUAGAAGCGGGUUGGUCAGUGGAUGUCUUUGGGGAAUUACUUUUCCGCCGGAGUCUGCUUUUCAUAGGACUAAUUUAGGUGCUUCAAUUUUCCGCCUGUCAUCUUUCGAUGAAAGGAUCAGAUAAUAUUUCCCUUCAUGUAUAUCAGCAGCAUUUCAGAACAGAACUGCUAUUACUUAAACGGCUCCAGUGCAUCUGAAUAUGAGAACAAUGUACUUAAACCUAUUUAAUCCUUCCUCCCACAACUCUGCAUCUGGCUUCUUCCUCCAGUUUAGCAACACUCAGAGUAGCCACACCCUGUGACUGGCUGGUCUGUGACUUAUUCUUAGGGGAAGUAGUGUUACCAGGCAUCUAGUAAUCCAUAGGAACAGUGUGAUGAUGGAGCACAGAGGGAAUUUUAGAAGUUACUGAAAAUGCUUUGAGGCUUGUGAGCACCCAUUCACUCAUUAAGUCACCACAAAAGCUUCCAGUUAGCUUUAAUGCAACAGAAAGUCAAUGUUUUGCUUUUGGCAUAGCCAGAUGAGCACCUUGUAACUGUAGUUGUUGUGCUCUCCAGCAUUGCAGCCCAGGAGUUUCGCUACCUGCUUCUAUGGGUAGCCAGAUGUUCCCCAUAGCAAUCUUUCUUACUGUGGACCAUCAUAGGCCCCAGACUGCAGCAAAAGAAGCCAUUUAAAUGAGCACCUGAUCUCAAGCAGCUACUAAUACCACCUUAGAGGUUAAUAGGAACAAUAAAACAAAAAUGGAAAUUAGUUCAGUGUGUGUACAAAGGGCUUUUCAUUCAAUUUUAUGUUUUUGGUUUUGUGGGAGACUUCAGUGACUGCAUGUUGUCUGGUUUCAUCAUGCUGAUUCCACAAACAAGUUGUUUUCAAUAGCUCUCGAGGCUGCCCCAUUUAUAGAAGUUGAUAUUGAAAUGUUGUAGUCACAUCUUCCUUGUAUAUUGAUUAUAGCCAUAACUAUGUCAGAGGGACAUAGUGAUGAGAGAGGAAAAACUUUCCCAAUAAGCCUUUUGUAACUAUCUCCUUCAAGGAAACAUCCCCUUUUUUGUCUUAAAAGUUAAAUUAUCCUGAUGGUGCAUUUUAUUUGUGUACUCUAGCCUUCCUACUUUCUUUUUGGAGUCUUUUGUGUAUAUUUAAGAUUUUAAGAGUGAGGAUAAGAAAAUGUGUGGGUUUGUGUGCGAGAAAAUAAAUGUUCUGAGUAUUUGGGAAAACCCGCGUCUCCAUUUGGCAAAGAAAGAAGACAUGACAGACAGUGAAAUCCAAAGAUAGGAUUUCACAUUUCAUAUUGUAUAAAUCCUAAUUAGUGCACUGAUGAGUUACCACUGUUCAUAGGAUAGUUUAUAGGGUGGAGCCAAGUGGAGCCAAGGCAGCCACACUUACCUGAUAUCCUGGCAGUGGAGUCUCUGCUGCCUCCCCAGGAGUGGGAGGGGCAAGGCAACAUGGAGGUCAGCGCUGUGCGAAUGCACUGGCAGAGCCACUAUGGCAUUUACACAGCACUGGUUUUCCUGUUGCCUUGCCCUUCCCAAUUUCCCUCCUGGUCAGCAGCAGAGACUUCACUGCCGAGUGGUAAAGUAAGCACCACUGCUCCACCCCACUGUCUGCUUCUGAACUACAGUGAGUUAUACUUUUAAAUUAUGUUUUGGUACCUAGAUAAUUUCUUCAAAAUCUUUGUUUGCUUAUCCACUUAAGUUUCCUUGUGCAUUUCAAAUAGCGUUUAGAAUAUUGCCAUGAAGAUUUUGUUUUCUUGGAUAGUUUUCUGGGUAUGAAAAAAUCUGCACAUAAACAUCAUUUUGGAAAAUUCCAAACAGAGGUUUACGCUGGUUAUAGAGGGGGAAACAGUCGCUGCAAAAACAUGUGUGCUGAGAUUACUGCAAAAUGUUCCAGAAGCACUGCAUGGUAAGAAGAGAUUAGAUAGUGUUCAUGGUGUCUUGGUCAUGUUCACUCUACUGUGAUAUGUUUUGAUUAUAUAUCCAUUUGCUCAUACUAUUAUACUUUGGAUUUAAAAGGGGAACUGUGCUUGGACUUGCCUUGCCACUGUAGAUUUAGCACGUCCUCAGUGGUAGCUCUGUGUUAGUGCAGGCGGAUCUCACCCUGAUUUGGACAUCCUGCUCUAUUUUUCUGGGGUGAGUGGUUCUCACGCAUGGAAGAAUCACUUCUCUUCUCCCAAUCAAAAAUAGUGAUGUAGGAAGAUCCCUCAUUCAGCAUGGUAACUGCAAAGAGAGGCUUGUAAACAGAUGCCUAAUGAGGAGAAUGUGAGAGCUAACUUCACUGCGAAGUUCUCAAACAAUGGAUUGGUUCUUGAAAACAAUGAGCAUGAUUCAGGCACCACCUGAGUUCCAUUGGUUCAGUUAGAAAGUUAGGUGCAUUCUUGAUUUUGAAAUAGGAAAUCACACUUCAAAAUGCUUAACAUUGGCUGGAUUGUACUCAGCAAGAUUAAUUUUUAAUUCAGUUGCAUGUGAACACUGCUUUUUGCUGAAUUCAACAGUGUACAACCACAGCAGCUAGAGGUGAACAUCCCUAGUCCCUUAAAGGAAGCUAAACAUUCACCCAUAAGCAGAGGGGAGAGGAACGUAGGAAAUCCAAAAUGUGUGACUCCUUUUCUUGCUGAUCAGCCAGUAACUGGGAUUCUCGCUUUCUUGAAUGAGUGGGUCCUGUGCAGUCAAGCCCUGCUGUCUGAUCAGUUUGAGGAAUAAUGCAGGCAGUUGAUGUUUGUGUGCAGUUUCCUACCCAGCUAAGGAUACACAUAUAGGAAUAUAGCUGAACAGUGUUUACUCCAGUGAUCAGGUUUUUUGUUCCGUUUACUCUGAUUUUUUUUAAUAACCUGACUUGAGAAAAAUCAGAGGCAAAAUGAACAAACUAACUUCUGUUCUUAUGUGUUCUGUUCUUUUCUAGCAAAUAAGCUCAUGCACAGAUGAGAGUGAAUGGUCAUUUUUAGUUUCAUUAAUUACUAUGCAGUUUAUCUCACUGUGAGGAUUAUUUGUAUUUAGUGAACACACAGUGCUAAUGCCACUGACAGGAAUCAUAAGGAAGAUGAAUGGAAUUUUAUUUACAUACAUGCAUAUAUUGUUAUCCUUUAAUUGCAAAAAUGUAAAUUUGAGCCUUGUAUAAUGUUCUUGUCCUUUUAAAAUAUCUUGUAUCUGUAUAUUUAAAAAGGAAAUAAAGUAACUUCUCAUAC